AUGGCAAGCUGUGCCUGAAAUCCACUAUUUGCAAACCAUCCCAUGCAGUAACAGAGGAAGCAACCUGCUGGCAACAAGUAACUAAGGUAAACAAACCCUGGCUGUCAUAUGGUUCUAAUCACUAAAGACACCUCGCGCGCUGGCCGAACCCUACAGACUAUAUGUCGCCGGCCGGUGUUCUCUAGUGUGUAGAACAAAAACGCUGUGGUGCCCGCCCCCUCGCGCUCGGCAGAUCCGGACAGUGAUUGGAUGCGACCCGCCUUGGAUGGGAGCGCAGCGUUCCCCGGUCGCCUGGACAACGCCGCUCUGGCUUCGCAGGUCUGCGGGUUGAACGCGACGUCACCAGCUGCAGGCCAAUCAUCUUCCUGGCUCGCGACGCACCAGUGCCUGUAGGGUAAGAUUCUCUUGGAGCUCCAGUGGGCAUCAACAGAUUGUCCAGGUAGGAUAGUGUCCAUCUAUAGUGUAACUGGCAGCUAUAGGUAGGAUAGUGUCCAUCUAUAGUGUAACUGGCAGCUAUAGGUAGGAUAGUGUCCAUCUAUAGUGUAACUGACCGCUACAGGUAGGAUAGUGUCCAUCUAUAGUGUAACUGGCAGCUACAGGUAGGAUAGUGUCCAUCUAUAGUGUAACUGGCAGCUACAGGUAGGAUAGUGUACAUCUAUAGUGUAACUGACAGCUACAGGUAGGAUAGUGUCCAUCUAUAGUGUAACUGGCAGCUACAGGUAGGUUAGUGUCCAUCUAUAGUGUAACUGGCAGCUACAGGUAGGAUAGUGUACAUCUAUAGUGUAACUGGCAGCUACAGGUAGGUUAGUGUCCAUCUAUAGUGUAACUGGCAGCUACAGGUAGGAUAGUGUACAUCUAUAGUGUAACUGGCAGCUACAGGUAGGAUAGUGUACAUCUAUAGUGUAACUGGCAGCUAGGUAGGUUAGUGUCAUCUAGCAGUGUAACUGGCAGCUACAGGUAGGAUGGUGGCCACAUCUAUGGUGUAACUGGCGGCUACAGGUAGGUUGAGUGUCCAUCUAUAGUGUAACUGGCAUACAGGUGGGAUGGUGUGCAUCUAUGAGUGUGACUUCAGCAGCUACAGGUAGGAUAGUGUGCAUCUAUAGUGUAACUGGCAGCUACAGGUAGGAUAGUGUCCAUCUAUAGUGUAACUGGCAGCUACAGGUGGGAUAGUGUCCAUCUAUAGUGUAACUGACAGCUACAGGUGGGAUAGUGUACAUCUAUAGUGUAACUGGCAGCUACAGGUGGGAUAGUGUCCAUCUAUAGUGUAACUGGCAGCUAUAGGUAGGAUAGUGUACAUCUAUAGUGUAACUGGCAGCUAUAGGUAGGAUAGUGUCCAUCUAUAGUGUAACUGACCGCUACAGGUAGGAUAGUGUCCAUCUAUAGUGUAACUGGCAGCUACAGGUAGGAUAGUGUCCAUUUAUAGUGUAACUGGCAGCUACAGGUAGGAUAGUGUACAUCUAUAGUGUAACUGACAGCUACAGGUAGGAUAGUGUCCAUCUAUAGUGUAACUGGCAGCUACAGGUAGGAUAGUGUACAUCUAUAGUGUAACUGGCAGCUACAGGUAGGAUAGUGUACGUCUUAGUGUAACUGGCAGCUAUAGGUAGGAUAGUGUACAUCUAUAGUGUAACUGGCAGCUACAGGUAGGAUAGUGUCCAUCUAUAGUGUAACUGACAGCUACAGGUAGGAUAGUGUCCAUCUAUAGUGUAACUGCCAGCUAUAGGUAGGAUAGUGUACAUCUAUAGUGUAACUGCCAGCUACAGGUAGGAUAGUGUACAUCUAUAGUGUAACUGGCAGCUACAGGUAGGAUAGUGUACAUCUAUAGUGUAACUGACAGCUAUAGGUAGGAUAGUGUACAUCUAUAGUGUAACUGGCAGCUAUAGGUAGGAUAGUGUACAUCUAUAGUGUAACUGACAGCUAUAGGUAGGAUAGUGUAAAUGGCAGCUACAGGUAGGAUAGUGUACAUCUAUAGUGUAACUGGCAGCUAUAGGUAGGAUAGUGUCCAUCUAUAGUGUAACUGGCAGCUAUAGGUAGGAUAGUGUACAUCUGUAGUGUAACUGGCAGCUAUAGGUAGGAUAGUGUACAUCUAUUGUGUAACUGGCAGCUAUAGGUAGGAUAGUGUACAUCUAUAGUGUAACUGGCAGCUAUAGUUAGAAUAGUGUACAUCUAUAGUGUAACUGACAGCUAUAGGUAGGAUAGUGUACAUCUAUAGUGUAACUGACAGCUAUAGGUAGGAUAGUGUACAUCUAUAGUGUAACUGGCAGCUAUAGGUAGGAUAGUGUCCAUCUAUAGUGUAACUGGCAGCUAUAGGUAGGAUAGUGUACAUCUAUAGUGUAACUGGCAGCUAUAGGUAGGAUAGUGUGCAUCUAUAGUGUAACUGGCAGCUACAGGUAGGAUAGUGUACAUCUAUAGUGUAACUGACAGCUAUAGGUAGGAUAGUGUACAUCUAUAGUGUAACUGACAGCUAUAGGUAGGAUAGUGUACAUCUAUAGUGUAACUGGCAGCUGAGUGGGAUAGGUGUCCAUCUAUGGUGUGGCUUCCAGCAGCUACAGGUGGGAUAGUGUCCAUCUAUGGUGUAACUAGCUACAGGUAGGACGGGUGUGUGCAUCUAUGAGUGUGGCUUGGCUACUGCGUGGGAUGAGUGUCCAUCUGUAGUGUAACUGGGAAGCUAUAGGUAGGAUAGUGUCCAUCUAUAGUGUAACUGGCAGCUACAGGUAGGAUAGUGUCCAUCUAUAGUGUAACUGGCAGCUACAGGUAGGAUUGUGUCCAUCUAUAGUGUAACUGGCAGCUACAGGUAGGAUAGUGUACAUCUAUAGUGUAACUGGCAGCUAUAGGUAGGAUAGUGUACGUCUAUAGUGUAACUGACAGCUAUAGUUAGGAUAGUGUCCAUCUAUAGUGUAACUGGCAGCUACAGGUAGGAUCUAUAGUGUAACUGGCAGUUCUACAGGUAGGAUAGUGUCCAUCUAUAGUGUAACUGGCAGCUAUAGUGUAACUGGCAGCUAUAGGUAGGAUACAUCUAUAGUGUAACUGGCAGCUAUAGGUAGGAUAGUGUCCAUCUAUAGUGUAACUGGCAGCUAUAGGUAGGAUAGUGUCCAUCUAUAGUGUAACUGGCAGCUAUAGGUAGGCUAUAGGUAGGAUAGUGUCCAUCUAUAGUGUAACUGGCAGCUAUAGGUAGGAUAGUGUCCAUCUAUAGUGUAACUGGCAGCUAUAGGUAGGAUAGUGUCCAUCUAUAGUGUAACUGGCAGCUAUAGGUAGGAUAGUGUCCAUCUAUAGUGUAACUGGCAGCUACAGGUAGGAUAGUGUCCAUCUAUAGUGUAACUGGCAGCUACAGGUAGGAUAGUGUCCAUCUAUAGUGUAACUGGCAGCUAUAGGUAGGAUAGUGUCCAUCUAUAGUGUAACUGGCAGCUAUAGGUAGGAUAGUGUCCAUCUAUAGUGUAACUGGCAGCUAUAGGUAGGAUAGUGUCCAUCUAUAGUGUAACUGGCAGCUAUAGGUAGGAUAGUGUACAUCUAUAGUGUAACUGGCAGCUAUAGGUAGGAUAGUGUGCAUCUAUAGUGUAACUGGCAGCUACAGGUAGGAUAGUGUACAUCUAUAGUGUAACUGACAGCUAUAGGUAGGAUAGUGUACAUCUAUAGUGUAACUGACAGCUAUAGGUAGGAUAGUGUACAUCUAUAGUGUAACUCACAGCAAUAACCAUGAAUGUCAUCAUGUUCUGGUUGACAGAUUGUUAUUACAGCCGCCAUGAUGCAGCAUGUCCAUUUGGUACCAGAGGAAGAGGAGGAUGAUCUUUAUACAGGCUACAAUGAUUAUAAUCCCACAUAUGACAUUGAGGUAGUAUUUGUCUAUAAUACAUAUUUUCUCUAAUGUAUCUUUUUUUAAAACCAGAUAAUCUUAAUAAUACAGGAUGUGGAAAGACAAUGGAAACACCUUAUUAUAUAUUAAUAUAUAAUAGUAAUCAGGUGGCCUUUGACUUUGAAUGUCAGUCCUUAUAUUAUAUAUGAUAGAACUUUAGAAUAAGCCUGAGAUGUGAGGAGCAGGACAGUAUGCAUUUCUUUAAUAAGUAAAGCCUUCAUUUCUGUGGUGAAGGAGGGAGGUGGACACAGACACCACACUACAGAAAUGACAAACUGCCCUUUUGCCUUAAUAAAUAGAGCUAAAUAAAUGUCAUUUUAUUAACAUCAAGAUGGUAUUUUCAUCCUGGAAUUUUGGGGCAUAGUGAGGGUAGAGAGUCUUUCUUCCUUGGCAUUCUCUCAAUAGAAACUUGUUCGGAUGUAAAGACUGUGGUUUUAAAUUCAACCUGUUAAUCUAAUAAUUAUCACAAGUUUAUGCUAAAUAUUAAUGUUGUUUACAUUUGAAUAUUAGUCUUAUUUAUGAUGUAGUUUUCACAUCUAUAAAAUUUGUGUACUUUUAUAAAAGAGGAUACUUAAUGGUCUUGAAUAACGUUGAUACAUAUUAAAUAUAUUAAAAGAUGUAACAAAAUAACUUGCCUGGCUUAAAGGUGCCAUCCAAACACUAUGUCCCUUGAACUGUUAUGGUAACAGGAGUUGUCCUGCCUUUUCGUUCCCUCAUUAUAGCUGUGGAUGUAAAACCAGGGCAGAUCUGAAGGCCAACUUUUCAGUGAUACUGCCAGAGUAUUUUGGAAAAGGUUUAUAGCUCCCACUUAUACAUCUUGCAUGUUACUGUUUAUUUUCUGUGAGGCUAUGCAAACAUUGCUACACAAUGCACAUUACUGUUAGUGUUAUUGCAGUGGAGCUCUGUGAUACAUGCAGCUUGUAACUGAAACUAUAAUGCCAUUGAGCUCUGUGAAUCACUUAUACUUCACAAACAUAGAAACAUAGAAUGUGACGGCAGAUAAGAACCAUUCGGCCCAUCUAGUCUGCCCAAUUUUCUAAAUACUUUCAUUAGUCCAUGGCCUUAUCUUAUAGCUAGGAUAGCCUUAUGCCUAUCCCACGCAUGCUUAAACUCCUUUACUGUGUUAACCUCUACCACUUCAGCUGGAAGGCUAUUCCAUGCAUCCACUACCCUCUCAGUAAAGUAAUACUUGCAGUGUGCUAUAUCACAGAAAUACAAUUAAUAGUAAUAUGUGGCAUGUAUUUCUAUAUUACAGAUUCCUACUGUAAUAAACCCUCCUGAAUUACAUUGUAUGAAUGAAUAUAUACAAGAGAUGCUGAUAAAUAAAAUUCCAUCCUUUGCUGUAAAUCCCCAUAUUUUGCAGGUUUUGAGCAGUAAUCACUGUGUAGACCACGAAACGACUUGGGCAGUGGGUUUGCUCACUUAUCUUUCUAUAGCAGUGCAGUUUAAUACUAUUAUAUGUAUAUAGCGCCAACAAAUUCUGUAGCGCUUUACAAUGGGUAUCCCACAAACAGUACUUUAUGGGCAGAGCAAGUGUUUAUGGGAGUUGUAGUUCAUUUGUCAGCUUUAUGCUGUAGAAAUCCAACAGCUGAAUAAAAACGACCAGAAAGUCAUGACAUCCUGUAUAGCCGUAAUACAGGGAAACACUGUGUGUGUCUAUCUCUGCCAGCAGUUCUGCUCAUUGUACCUGUAUAUGAUGCCCAUAUGAUUCUGUCCAUACUCCCGCCUCUGAUGCUCGCCUUCAAGACUUCUCGAGGGCUGCACCGUUCCUGUGGAACUCACUUCCCUCCUCCGUUAGAUGCUCACCCAGUCUCCACUCCUUCAAAAAAUCAUUAAAAACCCACUUCUUCAUAAAAACGUAUCAAUUAAACUGUUAAUAGCUCCCGACUGAUUCCUCUUUUGCAACUGUCACUAGUUUAAUACUACCCUUACCUUUUUGUGUCAUUUUACCCCACUCCCUCCAGCAUGUAAGCUCAUUGAGCAGGGCCCUCAACCCCUCUGUUCCUGUGUGUCCAACUUGUCUGGUUACAACUACAUGUCUGUUCGUCCACCCAUUGUAAAUCGCUGCAGAAUUUGUUGGCGCUAUAUAAAUAAUAACAAUACCCGGCGCUUUAUACAUGACCUGAGCAAAAAUAAAUAUAUACGGUAUAUGUUGUUGUUUUUAUGAAACGGUUAAAAACUGCUGGGUUGGUUAAGGAGCAAAAUUGUGAAAGAAUAUUCAUUUGAAAAAAAAAAAAAAAUCACCCAACAUAACUAAUUGUGUAAACUCACAUUGCACCAGGUGGGUACAGGUAGGUACAUGUCUGGAAUUUCUAACCACCAGUUAUGUUUCGUUUCUCAUUCUAGGAAUUGGAGAACGAUGUAGCUUUUCAGCAAGCUGUUAAAACUAGCCAUGGACGAAGACCACCGGUAUGUCAUUACUAAGUGUUCUAGGCAAAAAUGCUUUAGUAUAAUGAUGGCAUAAAAAACAGCAAUUAUCUUUUGUGAUUGAUAUAUGUGUAUAUAUUUAUAUUUACUCUUGAAUAAUCAAUUACAUUAGUUAGUAAAACAUGGAAGUAAUUUGUGCACUAACAACAUCUUUUUAUAUAUUUUUUAAUUAUUAUUAUAAAAUUUUUAGAUCACAGCAAAAAUCCCAGGGACCGCGGCUCCACGCGCACUUGCAACAGGGUUUGGUGUGAGUAUGUCGUUUGUAGAUAUUGCGUUGCCAGUGUGGGAAGAUGAACGUACUUUUUACAUAAACCUGUCCGGGAUUUGUGUGACGGGCACUGUUAAUGCUGUAAAUGCCCCUAAAAUCAUAUUUUUAGUGAUAAGUUGUUCAGCUCCUAGCAACCAGCCCAGCCCUUGUUUGUUUUUGUUCAUUAUACUAUUUGCCAGUUUCUCUUUUUUAUAUUAUUUAUGUUAACUACUGGCUUAUAGACCCUGGAUCUUUCUCCUAGCUUAUAUUAUUAUGUUGUGGCGUGCUGACUCCCUUCUUGGAUUCAAUUUGGAGCCUGAUACAUUUUUCUGUGUUGGCAACACACUCUUUUAAUUAGACAGAUUCUCACUCCCCUUAUUAGCAGCACUUUUUCAUGCUUACCUAAUUAACUCUAGUCAUAAUGACACUUACAGGGUUAUUCACUGCAGUGAGAAUUCAAAGUGAAUUUGAAAUUUAAGACCAAAAUUGCUGAUUUAAGAAACAUUCUCUGGGUCAACUAUGAUUGUAUUUCAUUUACUUUGGCCUAAAAGUUGAUGUCCACUUUGAAUCCACUUAGAAUUCUCAAUAUAGUCAACAGCGUGUUAAUAAGUCAUUCUCAUACCUGCAUUCCAAUCAAUCUGCAUAUUCUUUCACACACACCUUAUUAGAUACACGCAUACAUGACUAGCCACUUACUCACAUACCUACAAACUAAUUAAACACACAUAACUUGCCAUUCACAAACUAUACCUAAUUAGAAACACUCACAUACACAUAUAUGUAUACAUUUACUAACCGAUGCACACAUUCAUAUAUAUGAUAUAUUCUAAUCACUCACUAACACGCUUAUUACAUUACCCUUCCACUCAUCCUCUUUGUGUUAAGCUCUGUCUGUGAUGAGUCGGGAAGUAGUCUAUCCCUGGUGUGUAGAAGCAGCAGGCAAGCUGGGCAGCAAAGACUUCAGGGUCUCAUUGACUUCCACAUAGAAUAUAGAGCAUUGGGAAAAUGUAAUGUCAUUUCCCAUCCUCACUGCAUUUUGAGUAAUGGCACCUUUAAACUGUCUAUGCCACCAGAGUAACCUGAUCAAUUUAAAGUAUAUGAGGAUUGGCCAGAUGAGAUCUUUUGGUCUCCCCAGGCAUCUAGGAGAAAAUUAUUUUUUGACUGGUACCAACUCUGUGCUACAAGAUUACCUGUCCAGUGCAUCUGGCGAAUCCUGCAUGACUGGUGCCUUGGGAGAACCCCGGUGCUAUCACCCACUGUCUAGAGCAGUGUUCCCCAACCCGUGGACCACCAUCAGUCCAGGAUUUAUGUAUUUCCCUGUUUUAUUCCAAUGGAAAUACUGACAAAACCUGGACUGUUGGUGGUCCAUGAGGACUGGGUUGGGGAACACUGGUCUAGGGGGCAUGUUUUCUUUUUCAUUCUCAAUAGGUCUGCAUUUCCCUACAUGUGAUCUGCAGCAACAGACUACUCGGUCAUUUUACAGCCAGACUGCACACAAUGUUUACAUUCAUAUUUCUGUUGAAUUACAAUUCUUUCAGGGUUAUUCACUAAAGUGAGAAUUAAUGGGAAUUUAAAGUGAAUUUCUAAUUUUAGACAAAAAUAGCCAAGCUGACUCGAAGACUUUUUCCAAUUCAGCUACUUUGACCUUAAAUUUUAAAUUCACUUCGAAUUCCCAACAGUUACCACUUUAGUAAAUGACCUUAUUUCUGUUCUUCUACAACAUCUAAUGUGUGAUGCGCAUAUUUGGAAAUGUAGUCCAUCACCCUCCUUAGGUUAUCUAAGCACAUAGAAAGAUCUGGGACCCACAGCUAGGAAAAUCAUUCCAAAAACAACAUUCCAUUAUUAGCGUUCUUGGAAUGUUUUAACUUUCAAGGGUGAGGCCCUAAUUAUGUGAACAUUUAUUAUAACCAGCUAUGUUUUGCACAUAAAUCAUUCCUGUGGUUGCUUCAAACUUGAUUUUAUGUAAUCCAACUGAUUGCCCAUGAUACAAUUUUUUUUUUUUUUUUUUUUUUUUAAGGCCAGGCCAAAUCUUUUCUCAUCGAUCGGGCGGCCGAUGACAGGAGCUGUGCAGGUAUGAUACAUUGGGGGCUAACUGCAACAAAGUACUUUUCACAGUUAUAUUCAUCAGCUGUGUUUUCAUAGUCUAGAAAAGGUCAAAACUUGUUUUUGUUUUUUUGUAUUUUUAAUAGUUCUAUAUUAUAACAGGGAAUGACAUAAGCAGCAGUACUUGCAUAGCUUUAUUUUGCCCUAAAGAAAAGUGUUUCUAAAAAUUGAUGUACCCGAAUAACACAAGUGGAAAUAAAAUUAUACAUCCUGAAGAAUUUUGGGCAUGCUUAUAGUACUUAAAGGGACACUAUAGUCACUAGAACAACUACAGACUAUUGUAUUUGUUUUGGUGAAUAUAGUCAUUCCCUUCAGGCUUUUUGCAGCAAACACUGUCUGUUCAGAGAAAAUGCAGUGUUUACAUUACAGCCUAGGGAUACCUCCACUAGCCACUCCUCAGAUGGCUACUAGAGGUGCUUCCUGGGGCAGUGCUGCACAGUGUGCAACACUGACAUUUAAUGUCUUUACACUCUGCAUUGAGACAUUGAGCUUUCCUCCUAGAGAUGCAUUGAUUCAAUUCAUCUAUAUGAGGAGAUGCCAAUUGGACAGGGCUUUGUUUGACUUGUGCUGGCUCUGCCACUGAUCUGCCUCCUUGACAGUCUCAGCCAAUCAAAUGGGAAGUUGGCUGAGGCAGUUGGCUGAGAACACAACUUCUGAUGAUGUCAGCCAGCAGACAGAUCAGGGGCAGAGCCAGCAGCAGGAUACUGCACAAAAGGUAAGAUUUUACUAUGUUUAGGGGCCAACAGGGGGGCUAGGUGGUGUUUUUAACACUAGAGCCAGAAAUGUAUGUUUGUGUUCCUGACCCUAUAGUGUUCCUUUAAAUAAGCUGCAAUGUGUGUAUUCUUCAAUUUAUUAUUAACAUAGAACAAAACAAAAAUUAGUUACCUGUGUACGAUCCUACAUUCCUAUGCACAACAGAAAUUUUUACUACCACUUAAAAGGCCAUUAAAAUGUCAGCUCACCUGCCACAUCAAGACAAACCUCUUAGGUGAGUUGAACAGUAACUAUUCAUCUUGCUGCUCUUAGCUAAACGGUAAAAUCCCUAGAGAGACAGGAAUGGGUAUUCUUCUGAAACUCUACACAUUUAUUAACCUUUAGCAUGACACACGUGGCUUGUGCGGCAGCAUUGAAACAUGGCUGUGUAAUACAAAUUUGUGUUUCUAUUUUUAACACGGCCUGUUUGAUUCUCCAUAUUGAUACUGAUAUGUUGGCUUCAAUGCCAGCACAUUAACAUCCAAACAUCCUAUACUCCUCUUGCAAAAGUGAGAAAUAUGUUCUGGGAUAAUAUCACUGCGACACAAAGCAGGGGAAUUGACUGACAGAUGGGGUCAGUGCUGUAUUUUUAAAGUGCUUUAAAUUAAAAUCUAUGUAUUUGGUGCAUAAUGUGUUGAUUAGGUACACUGUAAACUGUUAGAUGAUAUGGAAUAACAGUGUAUUUGGUGAAGUGAAUAACAUACUGCUUGAAACUUUGUUGUAAAGGGGCACUAUAGUCACCAGAACAACUACAGAUUAAUGCAUUUGUUCUGGUGAGUAGAAUCAGUCCCUGUAGGUAUUUGCAUGUAAACAGUGACUUUUCAGAGAAAAUGCAGUGUUUACAUUACCCCCUAGGGAUACCUCCAGUGGCCACUCCCCAGAUGGAUACUAAAGGUGCUUCCUGGGGCAGUGCUGCACAUCUUGGGAAUGCAUUGGAUUGGCUAAAAAUCAUAAAUUCUGAUGAUGUCAGUGCUGGAAAUAAUUCAAGUUUUAUUACCUUAAAAGGGGGGAAGGCAAGCUACCUAAAUGGUGGAUUUAGAACUAUAGGAUCAGGAAUACAUGUUUGUGUUUCUGACCCUAUAGUAUUCCUUUAAGUAGUUUAAAUUGCUUAAUUAUUUACACAAUUUCCUAUCAGUUUUCUGUAAAAUGAACAGUUUUCCCGUGAGUGUGUUAAGUAAAAUUUGUCCAUCUUGGCUCCAUUGUGAACUUUUUUUUGGGGGGUGUUGUAUGUGUUUUAAACAGCAUUCAUUAUUUUGUGAUUGGGAAUUUAGUCAAUAUGAUAACAUGGCCUUUGAGUUCAGUUCUAAAGUUGCUAGGCAGAUAAAGGUGAAUAAGAUUGAUCAAUAUUUUCCUGAUUUCCUAAACAUUAGGAACAUUUCUGCUUUUAGGCAUUGUAUAGUAAGAUCUUCUUCACUAGAGGAACAGACUGUUCCUCACUAGAGGAGCAAUAUAUGCUUUAUUACAGGAAUAUUUUAAAUAGUUGCAACUAUAUGCACGUAGAGUUUCUUUAUUUUACUGUUUAGUUUCUUAUUUUUGGCAAAUCAUUUAUUUCAUGUCCUUUUUUUAUUGUGUUUUUUUUUUUGUUUUUUUUUUGGAAGGAUGGCGUUGCUCGGCCCAUGACUGCAGUGCUCGCUGCUGGCUACACUAAGGCUGCUUUUAGAGGUACUGUCUUGUCCAAAUAAUGAUGAUAGGAUCUGUUUGUACACAGUUCACCAUUACGCAUUAAACCCCUUUUCAUUUUCAGGAUCCUCCUUUGAUCCUAUUGGGCAGUCCCGGGGUCCUGCUCCUCCACUUGAAAACAGAAAUGAGGACACGUGAGUUGACUUGUUUUAAUUUUUAUAAGCAUUAACAUGUGCAGGGCUGGCAAAAUAAGCCAUAGCAAAUAAAUACUGGUGCCAACAGAACUACAGAUCUAGAACUUCAAAAUAAACACUGAUUAUGCUCCAUUCCAUCUUCACAAGCUGGGCCUGGCAUAACCCUGUAUUGGCAUGGGACAUCAUGCUUGUUUAUCAUUGUUGACUCCAAAGAGCCAUUCUCUUUGAAAAAGCAAGUCUUCAAUGUCACAAGAACAGCUUUAAAUACUUCCCUUGUGCCAGAUUUCUUAUUAGAGAGAAAUUCACAGAUCAAUGGGCUUAUGGAAAUUUACACUGUUUAAUGCCUUAGUUCAGCUUGGCGUAUCUGGGACCAUUUAAUUAACUACAUUUAUCAUCUUUCCUUUUUAUGUGUGGGCUAAAAGUAUGUUCGUUGUUGUUUAUUAAUUUAUUUUUUCACUUUCUUCAUUACUAUUAUUUAUUCACACACAAGGCAAGAAGUGAAAAUUAACCAGCUAUGCUCAAAUGAGAACAACUAUCUUUUUUUUUAUUUUUUAUUUUUUUCUUUUUUCAAGCCUCAUACUUUUUAGAUCUGAAUAAAUAUGGGAAACACCCUAAAAAUGUUUUCUGUCGUGUUACUUGCCUACGUCAUCCAAUUUUGAUGUAACUCGCCUUUCCCUAGUCUGACACUGGUCAGGUUUCAUUGCCCAUAAUGCUUGCACACAUUUAUGUUUCUAUAACGUAAAAUGUUGCUGUCAAAAAUCUGAUAUCUAAGCUUGGCCUGUGGUUGUUUGUAAACUAUAUCCCAUUGAUGCUCUGGCUGAGCAUCUGAAGAAAUGUAGCACACAACCACCGAGAGUGUUGAGAUUUGCCAUCCAUUGUUUAGGACCUCAACACAUUAAGGAUGAACUUUACAGCCAAUCUCGCUCGGUAUUUUGUCACCUGUCAAGAAUACAGUGGAGUUCAUUCUUGACAGGUGACAAAAUACAGAGCGAGAUUUCAUUCCUCCUAUAUAUAUUUUCUGUGGUAUUAUGAGAUGAUCCAUGUUUAGCCCAAAAAGGUGCUGUUGGUAUUUACCGAAAAGGUUUUUACAUUCCCCACUAAUAUGCCUCCCUCAUCUAUGUUUUAGUCCUGAAGAAAAGAUCAGGCAGUUGGAGAAAAAAGUGAAUGAACUGAUUGAAGAAAGCUGCAUUGCCAAUAGCAGUGGAGAUUUAAAACUGGUGAGCCGUUUUUCUCGUUACAAUGUAUUAUUAGUCUCAUUUAUUCAAAUUCUAUCCGCUAAUUUGAAAUGCUGAAUACAACACAUUAACAGGGAACUGCUACUUCUCUGGAAUUUACAUAAUUAAAUACAACGUUAAAAAUCACCUAUAAUUUGUGUUACCUUUGUUUUUACUUGAUGAGAUGCUCGGAUGUUAAAGAUUUAGCAAGUGGCAUCAUAAAGCAAUUCAAACAGGGUAAACAUAGCCGGAAAGAAAAAUAGAAACGUUGUUUCAUUUUCUUCUCUUCUCUGUAUGUUUUAUCUGUAGUGACUGCCAGGUGCGAAGGACAGAGCUUAUAAUAAUGAUAAACAAUGAGAGCUAAAAUGGAGGCACCCAGUUACAGAAUGAAGAGAUGGCGAUUUCUAUAUUUAAUUUUAUUUUUCAUAUUUCUCGGAUACAUAUUUAUUAAAUACAAGAAUAAAUAAAUAUAAUGUUAAAAAAAAAAGGAAGUGACAAUUGCCCUUUAACGGCUGUGUAAUUUGACAGACACAAGCUGGUCUGAUUUAAAGUGUGCAUACAAUCUGUAGGUCAAACACAAGGUACUGAGACUUAUUUGAUUCGGUCUAGUAAUUUAGGUGAAAACGGGAGACCUGUACCAUGAUAUUUUUAUUUUUUUAUUUUUAUUUUUUAAACAUUGUUCUGCAUAAUUCUAUUAAUGCCAAUAUGUCUAGACUGCAUCACAUUGUAACCUUUCUCUUGUAGUUUUAUGGUUACUCUGCAUUAUGCUAUCGAUGCCAAUAUGUCCAGUUUGCAUCAACAUAUAAUAAAUGGAACUGCCAUAGAGAAUACUUUUAUUUAUUCCUUUCUGUUCUUAGGCCUUAGAAAAAGCAAAGGAAGCCGGAAGGAAGGAGAGGGUCUUGGUCCGGCAAAGGGAGCAAGUAAUCUCUCCGGAAAACAUUAACCUUGACCUGACAUACUCUGUAAGUUUAUUGAAUGGCUUCUCAUUAAGUGUUUGGAUAUGUAUACUAACCAAAAAUGGAUACUAACCAUAAAUCAUUUUAUUUUUUUGUGUGUUUUUUUCCUAAUUGUUUUUUAAUUUAAUUAAAUGUUUUAAUAUAUGUAAAAUACUUAUCAAAUUUGCCACAAUACAGAGAAACAGAGCCGCAUAAACUAGACACAAAAUCACUUUUUCCCCACAGGGUUAUGUUUUGCGUUUUUUAUAUUUGUAAUUAUUGUUCCCAUCCCAUCUUUUGUUUGAUAAGGUCGUUAUUUGAUAUAUAUUUAAUGUCCCAUAGAUUGAAUGAGAAACAAAACCUCAAUUAAAAAAAGACCUGAAAUCCAAUUGAGUUGCCACAUUGAGUACUCACAGAGGAAAUUUCUCAUUCAGCUGGCCUACUGUUCACCUGUACUAGAAGUUUUUUUUAUUGUCUGAAAUAGAGAAACGUUGAUUGAUUGUAAAGUGUUUACACAAGACUUUAAUUUCAUCCUCAAACUUUUUUCCCCCCUUUAUAUAGGUAUUGCUAAACCUGGCCACCCAGUACUCCGCAAAUGAGCUCUAUGCAGAGGCUAUCAACACAUACCAAGUGAUUGUGAAAAAUAAAAUGUUUAGCCAUGCAGGUGCGUGCACUGUCACUGUUUGUUUUAUUGCUAUGUGCAACAGCAGUGUCUCUGUGUUGACAUUUCAGUCCUCAAGCCAGUCUGUAAUGUUAUAGUGCAGUAUGUGCAGCGGGGUUUUUAACUGUAAAAUUGCUUCACAAUGUGUGAAUAGGUAAUACAAAUAAUUUGAGACCUUUUAUUUAAAUGCCCUCUUUAAAGUUUUGUCUGUCUACAUGAGCUUGCCAGUAUAUGUGUAAAUCUGUUUGAAGCUGUCAGUAUGUAUAUAAAAAUGUGUGAAUCUGUGUGUAGAAUUCUGUGAACCUGUCUGUCUCUGUGUAAUUCUGUGUGAGCCUGUCUGUCUGUGUGUAAUUCUGUGUGAACCUGUCUGUCUGUGUGUAAUUCUGUGUGAACCUGUCUGUCAGUGUGUAAUUCUGUGUGAACCUGUCUGUCUCUGUGUAAUUCUGUGUGAACCUGUCUGUCUGUGUGUAAUUCUGUGUGAACCUGUCUGUCUGUGUGUAAUUCUGUGUGAACCUGUCUGUCAGUGUGUAAUUCUGUGUGAACCUGUCUGUCUGUGUGUAAUUCUGUGUGAACCUGUCUGUCAGUGUGUAAUUCUGUGUGAACCUGUCUGUCUGUGUGUAAUUCUGUGUGAGCCUGUCUGUCUGUGUGUAAUUCUGUGUGAACCUGUCUGUCUGUGUGUAAUUCUGUGUGAGCCUGUCUGUCUGUGUGUAAUUCUGUGUGAGCCUGUCUGUCUGUGUGUAAUUCUGUGUGAACCUGUCUGUCAGCGUGUAAUUCUGUGUGAGCCUGUCUGUCUGUGUGUAAUUCUGUGUGAACCUGUCUGUCAGUGUGUAAUUCUGUGUGAGCCUGUCUGUCUGUGUGUAAUUCUGUGUGAACCUGUCUGUCUCUGUGUAAUUCUGUGUGAGCCUGUCUGUCUGUGUGUAAUUCUGUGUGAACCUGUCUGUGUGUAAUUCUGUGUGAGCCUGUCUGUCUGUGUGUAAUUCUGUGUGAACCUGUCUGUCAGUGUGUAAUUCUGUGUGAACCUGUCUGUCUGUGUGUAAUUCUGUGUGAACCUGUCUGUCUGUGUAAUUCUGUGUGAACCUGUCUGUCUGUAAUUCUGUGUGAAAUUCUGUGUGAACCUGUCUGUCUGUGUGUAAUUCUGUGUGAACCUGUCUGUCAGUGUGUAAUUCUGUGUGAACCUGUCUGUCUGUGUGUAAUUCUGUGUGAACCUGUCUGUCUGUGUGUAAUUCUGUGUGAACCUGUCUGUCUGUGUGUAAUUCUGUGUGAGCCUGUCUGUCUGUGUGUAAUUCUGUGUGAGCCUGUCUGUCUGUGUGUAAUUCUGUGUGAACCUGUCUGUCAGCGUGUAAUUCUGUGUGAGCCUGUCUGUCUGUGUGUAAUUCUGUGUGAGCCUGUCUGUCUGUGUGUAAUUCUGUGUGAGCCUGUCUGUCUGUGUGUAAUUCUGUGUGAGCCUGUCUGUCUGUGUGUAAUUCUGUGUGAACCUGUCUGUCUGUGUGUAAUUCUGUGUGAACCUGUCUGUCAGCGUGUAAUUCUGUGUGAGCCUGUCUGUCUGUGUGUAAUUCUGUGUGAACCUGUCUGUCUGUGUGUAAUUCUGUGUGAACCUGUCUGUCAGCGUGUAAUUCUGUGUGAACCUGUCUGUCUCUGUGUAAUUCUGUGUGAGCCUGUCUGUCUGUGUGUAAUUCUGUGUGAACCUGUCUGUCUGUGUGUAAUUCUGUGUGAACCUGUCUGUCUCUGUGUAAUUCUGUGUGAACCUGUCUGUCUGUGUGUAAUUCUGUGUGAACCUGUCUGUCAGUGUGUAAUUCUGUGUGAACCUGUCUGUCAGUGUGUAAUUCUGUGUGAACCUGUCUGUCUCUGUGUAAUUCUGUGUGAACCUGUCUGUCAGUGUGUAAUUCUGUGUGAACCUGUCUGUCAGCGUGUAAUUCUGUGUGAGCGUAUCUGUGUUAGCCUGUCUGUAUGAUUGUCUUUCAGUGUGUCUGUAUAUUAUGUUUGCAAUAUGUUAUCCUUAUUCACAUGCCAAGGGAAUGGAGGAAGCGGCCUUGGCAUAUAGCAGUUAAUUCAAACUUCCUUCAUACAUAAGACUUGUCGUAAUAUAGGAGAAUAACUGAUGGCUCUUCCUUUGUUUAGGUGAUCAUUGGAAUUUCUAUAUUAACUUAUUUAUUUUAAUAUUUAUUGGUUCUUUACUUUUAUACCUUUUCUUUUAGUGUGUUUGUCAUCCAGACAACUUGUAGAAGGCAGGUUAACUUUAAGCAGUGGAUUGAAAUCUGCAGGGUAAAAUUUAGACAGAAACAGCAAAUGUUUACACAGGCAGGCUUAUUUUUGUCCUGGUGAAUAAACCUCAGAGGGUCAGAUAAGGUACCUGUUGAUCAGGCAGGUGUGUUUAUUUUCUAUUUAUUUUUGUGUGGGUGGUAGCCUUGCCCAUCUUGUUAAUAAAACAUUACAUUUUACCAGUUGAUGCUCAAAUUCAGGUACGUCAGGGAAAUUGUGAACUGCUAAGGCAAAGGACCCCUUUCUGGGCUGGGGUAAACAAAUGUUGCCGUGUUUUGUUAGCCUGCCAUUUCUAGGUCUUAGAAACCACAAGAAUUUCUGUGAUCCUCAACGUACAAGGAAGUGUUGUGUUAGACUUGACUUGCAUGUAAGGGAUUCAUUUAUUGCUCUGCCCAAAGUACUAAUUAUCCCAGGAAUGGGAAUACUAAGCAUUUUUUUUUUACAUUUAAAAAAUACAAACUACUUUUUUUCUUUCUUUUUUUUCUGAAAAAUCCUACAAUUCUUGAUGCCAUAAAUAUUUAACCAAUUUAGAGUUGAUGACAUCAUGAGUUUUUUAGGUUUUUUUUACGAGUUUUUCUAAACAUGUUUUUAAAAGGACUAAUGUGUAGUGAUGUCCCAAACGGUUCGCCGCGAACGGUUCGCCGCGGACUCAUCAUUGAGUAAACUUUAACCCUGUACCUCACAGUCAGCAGACACAUUCCAGCCAAUCAGCAGCACACCCUCCCACCUCCUGGACAGCUCACUAAGAAUGCAGCUUCAAAAUGGAUGCUGUCCACAAAUGAAUUAUUGAAAUAUGUCGUUUUUGAGAUAGAUGUUUGUUUACAAAUGUCAAGUUAGUCAAAUUCAAUAAUAAUAAUAAUUAUAAUUGACCAGUUAUCUAGAUACAUUAAGUUGUAAGGUAUGGCCAUAGGAUGAAUUAUACCAUGUUAACAAAAGCUACCUGCAUGGUCAGCCACUUGAUCCAUGGGUUAUUGACUUGUUCUGGCUCUUUUGGUACAGUGUUGCUAUUUCAUUCUUAAUUUGAACAUGGCAACACUACACAUACCCCCAAAUUCUAGCACUUCACGUAACAUAAUUGAUUCUAGUGCUUCGUGUAAAAUAAGUGAUUUCUUUUCCUUCUAAAGGCCGCCUGAAAGUUAACAUGGGAAACAUUUAUCUGAAACAGAGGAAUUAUUCAAAGGCUAUUAAAUUUUAUCGAAUGGCUCUUGAUCAGAUCCCAGGGGCCCACAAAGAGAUGAGGUGAGUUAUAAAUGAAGUGUUAUGUAAGCAGGGUAAAUCUGAUCUGACUUUGCCUAAUUGGCUGCAUGGGUGACAGAUUUAAUGCCACAGGGCCACGAAAUAGUAACUGAAGCAACAUGCCCAUGUACUCCUUGUGCUAUUGACUCAAUUUCAUAUAUGUUGGGAAUCAGUGGACCAGUUAUUAUAUAAUGAUUAUCAAUAUUGAGAAGAGAUCUAGAGGCACUUCCAACAUUCCAAAUGGAAGACUGCAUCUGAGCGAGCACCAUGCAAAAUAUCAUUUUUAUUUUUGCAUAACAGAAUAGACUUAUGGACAGUCAAAGGCUCAUGUUUCAGUUAUCUUCACCUUUGAGUUGGGUAAUCCACAAAUUAUUACCCAUUGGUAGCCGCUGGGGAUAAAAGUCUGAUUUUGUGUUUAAAUUUUUUUUUUUAUAAAUAGUGCACCUAAUGCAGAAUAUUUUAUAUUUGUUCUGAAUAUGUUUUUAUUUUUUAGUAUUUUUUUUUAUAUUUACUAAAAUUGUUGCAUAAAAUACAUUUAAACAAGUCGUUAAGAAUAUUUUUGUCAUUUUUCAUAGAAUCAAGAUAAUGCAAAACAUUGGCGUAGCAUUUGUCAAGACUGGUCAAUAUGCGGAUGCUAUUAACUCUUUUGAGCACAUCAUGGCAGAAUCCCCCAAUCUGAAAGCUGGCUUCAAUUUGAUUCUUUGCUAUUUUGCUAUUGGGGACCGCGAAAAAAUGAAAAAAGCCUUCCAAAAACUGAUUGCUGUACCCCUAGGGAUUGAUGAUGAAGACAAGUAUAUUUCACCCAGUGUAAGUGGAAACGGAGAUGCAGAUAUCGUAUCCUACAGAUACCAAAACAGUGGAGAUUUUGGCCGCUGAACACGUUUUUUUUCCUAUGUACAGACCAUGAUAAGCUGCAUCUGCACCGUUUCUCUCUCAUAUCUUCAGCUGGUUUGGCUGGGACCGGUAUACAAUGUAAAUUGUACAAUACAAAAGUAUUAUAAACCAGUUUAGAUACAGUGAUCAAUCCUCAAAGUGAAAGGAAAUGAGGAUUCUUCUAUUGAGAACUUUCAGUAGUUGGGGAAAUAGGGAGAAAUAGGACACUGAGGCUUAUUUAGUGAACCAGUAAUUGUGGCAAACGGUGCAAGGGAAUUGCAAAUGCCAAAACAAGAUAAUAAAAUUUUAAACAUUUGUCCAUCUCAGCUAAUUUUUCAGCUCUGCUUUUGUGGUCUAAAAUUUACACAUUCCCUUUCCAGUUCCCCACAAAUCCCUCUUUAGAGAAUAAAUACCAUCAUUGUAGGAGAUCAUAACGCAUAUGCUUGUCAGUAAUGCUACUCCAACCGUCCUAAACACUAUAACGCAGAGGGUUCUCUCAUGCUGGCUUUGACAACAUCCAGCUUCUGCAGCUGCAAAGUCCACAUACUGUCCUGACGGUCAUUAAUUGGCUGAGAGAAUCAGCUGACUGUUCUCAACCAAUGAAGGCCCGUACAUAGAAAUAUGUACGUAAUUUAAUCUUGUUCCAGGCUAGCUGAUGAUGCUGCCAGGGAAUGGAGUUAUACCUCAGACAGCAAAGGGGUUAAACUCCAUAUGUGCAACACUGUGCAUACAGACUUCAGGAACCAUGACAAAUUCAAAUCGCUGAAUUGGUUAUGGUGCCUGGAGUAACCCUUUAAGGGAUUACCAAGCUAAUUUCUUUCCUUAAAUACACUGUUUUUUGUUUUUUUAAGCAGCAGUCCCUUUGUUAAGAUGGCAUAGUCUCCUCUGACAGACUACGCCUGUGAUCAUCCUUGGAGAACCUUAUUCAGAAUGUAGAUCUUUGAAUUGUACAAAGACAGUUGGAGCAACAGGCAACAUCAUUGUCGCAUGGAACCGCUGUUUGCAAAUAAGUCCUGGCAUAAGAUAGUUGAGGACUGGAUCGCAGUGAUUGCAAAUAAUUCUGUGGCUUUAUAAGGGUUAACCCAUGAAAAUCCCCAGAUCCACUUUACCUAUGAAGUAGUGUGUGUAUGUUUUAUUUCCAUGACAUAAGCAUUAGUCUUUAUAAUGUAACUAAAAUAUGAAAGAAUUUACACCGCAUGCCAGUGAUGGAAUAAAUAUUCAAUAUGUUUAUUGUCCGGCAGUAAUUCCUCCAGUAAUUACACCAACUAAAUGAUCUCAACAGGGUUCUUAAUAUUAUAAUUCUCUUUCAUUUUUAGGAUGAUCCACAUGCAAAUUUACUCAUUGAAGCUAUCAAAAAUGACAGUUUGCAUCAACUGGAACGUGAAAGGUAACAAAAUGACUAGAGGGUUUGUUCACUAAACUCCGAAUUGUAUCCAUUGAAAACCAAAUGGCAAAAACAACUGAACUUCAAAAAAAAUUAUCAGACGCUGAUUGACAGCUUCCCCCCCCCCCCUUUCAUUGUAGCCCCCUCCCCCCAGUGGCAAGCAAAGGGAUACCCUUGGCACUGGACUGGGCUUUACUAUUGGGUCUUCCCGAUAAGAAAUCAUUGACUCUAUGCUUACCUAUGGGUUUUUAUGCACAUCUUGAGGCCAUCCAGCAUCGUUUCACAGAGUCAAACAUCGUGAAAGGCCAGAAAGUGCCUCUAGUGGCUGUGUAUUUGCAGCUGCAUGGCAAAGUGCACAGGGACACUGCACCCAGGCAAUGUUUUUAAAUGUUUCCAAUCGGUUUUUAGUUUGCUUCAACUUGGAAUUUAGUGAAUUCUUUCCUUAAUGUGCAGCAUUUACAAACAAAAUACAAAUGGUAUACUCAUUCCUUUUUCACUUAGCACGGUAGUUAUUAACCCUUUAUGUGUGUGACAUUGUAGCUUGGUGACUCACACUUCAAUUUUAAAAUAACUCUUUGACUCGUUCGUGACACCUUCAUAGACCCUUCACUGUGUCAGCGGUGUCUCUGAGCAGAGGCACUAAAAUAAACGUAAUCUUGACCUGAUCAUCAUGAUGUUCCUAUCCUAUGGGUUCAGUAGUCAAAAUCCACUAAAUUAUGCACCUCUGAAGUUAGCUUACAAUGCAUUUUUUAGUGAAUGUAUGCCUAGAUCUGGCUGUUGCAAAUAAUACUCUUAUGAACUUUGCAGGAUAUAUCUCUGUAAAACAGCUGUAAUGCACACAUCAUUCCUUAUUUUAUCAAUAUUGAAGAUCCCUUUAAAAAGCUUAAUUAUCAGUAUAUCCAGGGUUAUGAUAAUGUUUGCACCUGGCCCACCAUGAUAUAUACUUGCAGUAAUUGUGGAAAACGAAAAACUAAUAAGAGCCAGUUGUACCACCAGCUUGCAGAAAAGCAAUCAGUAGGUCAGGAUAAGGAGGUUGGUCAGUUUGGUCUCGUUGCCAUAGGCGUGCGCAGCCUAUUGCAUUAGGGUGUGCACCCUAAAGCACAAGCACACGCCGCGUAUAUAUAUAUGUAUGUAUGUGUGUAUAUAUAUAUAUAUAUAUAUAUAUGUGUAUAUAUAUAUAUAUAUAUAUAUAUAUAUAUAUAUAUAUAUAUAUAUAUAUAUAUAUAUAUAUAUAUAUAUAUAUAUAUAUAUAUAUAUAAAUAGAUUAUGGUGGGGAAAAAUUGUGAUUGAAAACCCCUUCCACCUGAAGUAUGUGGAUAGUUAAUACAAUGCUAAACAAAAAUCUGCACACCAGUCAAGCCAUAAGACUUGCUUUUCCCACAGAAAUCCCAAAUCAGCAGUGAUGUUACAACCGCAAAGGAUUCUGGGUGGGCAUAUGCAAAUUAGUUUAACAAAGAAUCACAUUUUUGCCUCAUUCCAUUUUAAACAUGGAUUCCUUUUAAUUUGUGUUUGCAGUAAAUAUAUAUAUAUAUAUAUAUAUACAUAUACACAUACACAUAUAUACACACAUACACACACUGCUGUGUGUGUGUGUGUGUGUGUGUGUGCUGUGUGAGGGUGCUGUUAGUGUGAUGUGUGUGUGACGGUGCUGGUAGUGUGCUAUGUGGGUGAGGGUGUUUGUGUGCUUGUGAGGAUGCUGUUAAUGUACUGUGUGUGAGGGUGCUGUUUGUUUGUGUGUGUGUGUGUGUGUGUGUGCGCGCACUUGUGAGGGUGCUAUUAAUGAACUGUGUGUGAGGGUGCUGUUUGUGUGUGAGGGUACUGGAAGUGUGCUGUGUGUGUGUUUGUUAGGGUCCUGUUUGUGAGGGUACUGUUAGUGUGCUGUUUGUGUGCUGUGUGUGAGGGUGCUGUUUGUGUGCUGUGUGUGAGGGUGCUGUGUGUGUUUGUAAGGGUGCUGUAUGUGUGUGUGGGUGCUGUAUAUGUGUUGGUGCUGUGUAUGUCUGUGGGUGCUGUGUAUGUCUGUGGGUGCUGUGUAUGUGGGUGCUAUAUGUGUGUGGGUGCUGUGUAUGUCUGUGGGUGCUGUGUAUGGGUGGUGUAUGUCUGUGGGUGCUGUGUAUGGGUGCUGUAUGUCUGUGGGUGCUGAAUGUAUGUGGGUGCUGAAUGUAUGUGGGUGCUGUAUGUGUGUGUGGGUGCUGUGUAUGUGUGUGUGUGUGGUGCUGUAUGUGUGUGGGUGCUGUAUGUGUGUGGGUGCUGUGUAUGUCUGUGGGUGCUGUGUAUGUCUGUGGGUGCUGUAUGUAUGUGGGUGCUGUAUGUAUGUGGGUGCUGUAUGUGGGUGCUGAAUGUGUGGGUGCUGUGUAUGUGGGUGCUGUAUGUGUGUGGGUGCUGUGUAUGUCUGUGGGUGCUGUAUGUGUGUGUGUGGGUGCUGUAUGUGUGUGGGUGCUGUGCUGUGUAUGUCUGUGGGUGCUGCUGUAUGUGUGGGUGCUGUAUGUGUGUGGGUGCUGUGUAUGUCUGUGGGUGCUGUAUGUAUGGGUGCUGUAUGUGGGUGGGUGCUGUGUGGGUGCUGAAUGUGUGUGGGUGCUGAAUGUGUGUGGUGGGUGCUGAAUGUAUGUGGGUGCUGUGUAUGUCUGUGGGUGCUGUAUGUGUGUGGGUGCUGUGUAUGUCUGUGGGUGCUGUAUGUGUGUGGGUGCUGUAUGUGUGUGGGUGCUGUGUAUGUCUGUGGGUGCUGUAUGUGUGUGGGUGCUGUGUAUGUCUGUGGGUGUUGUAUGUGUGUGUGCUGUAUGUGGGUGGGUAAUUGUGGGGGUGGAGGUGGGGGUACAUUAAUUGCUAUCCCCCCUCCCUUCUUACCUUUUGUAGGGAGGGGGGAUCGUGGUCCUGGUGGUCCAGUGGAGGAGGGGAUCCUUGUUGCUGCUGUGAUCCCUGGUGGUCCAGUGGAGAGUGAACUUUAGCCCCCUGUGGGGCUAGAGUUCACAUCUCGCGAGAGGAACCCGGCGGAGCUGCCGGCAAUAGCUCCGCCAGGUCCUCUCCUGCCUCCCUCCCUGCAUGUGGGUCGGUGGGGAGGGAGGCCGAGAGCAGAGCAGAGCCGGCGCUCGGAUGGCGCCGGCUCUGUAUGAGCCGACAGGGGAGAUCCUGAGAUCUACCCUGCCGGUCUCAAUAUGCAUAGGCGUGCCGCGGCAUUAGGGUGUGCCCAGGCACACCCGGUACACCCCGUGUGCACGCCUAUGCUCGUUGCUAUGGAGCUUCUUACACACUUGUGGAUGUAGAAAGCAAGAUGUCAAGCUAUGUAAAUAUGAACAUGUAAAGAGACGAUUAGUAGGUUACUCUGAAUGUUGGUGCCCUCUAAAAGAGGUUUUAAUCUGCUUGUACUAUUACAGAGAAAAUCUAAUUUAACAAAGAGCAAGAGGUAAGACAUCCAGUUAAGAAGAAAAUAAAUACCAUCACAGCUAAGCCGUCCAUGUAAUAUGUUUAACUUUGAGGUUUAUUCACUAAACAGUGACUAACUUCCCCAUUCGAUCAUCCAAGUACUUAGCUGGAGUCAGCAUGCACAUUCUGUUCAAGUCUGUGUCCUUCAUUGCUGGAGUAUAGAGGGCACACAAUACACUUAAAGGAGACUGAGUAUCAUGGCACGAACAUGCCAUGUAUCUUUCCAUUGUAUUCGUACUUGAAAGGUUCAGGUAAGCCUAGAUUUUCCUUAUAUAGUGUCAGCGGGUAAGUGGAUGGGUCCAGGGACUGGAAAUUGAGAAAACAAUUGCAAUAAUUUGAAAGACAUGUUUUCAGGGACUGCAUUCCAGCACCUUAAUCAUUAUAAUAAGCUGUAGUGGAUAUGGUGAUUGAGGUAUUAUUGUUACACAGGGUUGUUAUAAAGGUAGUAUGAUUUCUAUUUAAACACUUUUCUUGUACUUUGUUUUUUUUGUUGUUGUUUUUUUUAGGAAAGCGCUGGCUGAAAAAUUUAUUAUGACAGCUGCAAAACUAAUCGCUCCUGUAAUCGAAACCUCUUUUGCUGUUGGCUAUGACUGGUAGGAAGUGUUCUUAGUUGGGUUUUUUUUUUGUUGUUGUUGUUUUUCCUUCUCAAACUGUAUUUUUUGUUUUUUAACCCCUUAAGGACAGAACUUUUGGAAUAAAAGGGAAUCAUGACGGAAUAUUUCCGUCAUGUGUUCUUAAGGGGUUAAGAUAAAAGCAAACUCAAGGGUGCAGUAAAGAAAUUGCGAUAAUAGUCUAAAGAAAAGCCUUAUAUGCCAUUCUUGGUGGAUACUGAAAAUGCCGAUGAUUGCAUAUGUUGUUGCCUCUAAAAAAAAAAAUGCUUUCUAGUUAAUAAACUUCCAAAACACUGUAGCUAGAGGAAAGUGUAAUAGAAAUGUGUAACAGCGGUUUGAGGAGAGUAUUUGGCUGGAAACAGAUUAAGACCAAUUUAGAGGUCCGUUCAAGAAUUUAUACUCCAGAAUUGUAAGUAGUUUUUAUAUCAGCUGGUUAGAGCUAGGGUAGUGUCCCAGAUUUAGAACUGGUAAACCCAAGUUGGAAUCCCAGUCAGACCACCUCACCAGUAAGUGUCCUUGGGCACAACACCGAACGAUAUUCUUUUAUCUCAAAUCAUAGAUUGUAAGCUUAUUUGAGCAGGGCCUUCUUCACCUCUACAUAUCCUCUUUUUAUAAUUGAAGAGCACUGCAGAAUAUAGUGGCACUAAGUAAAUGAUAAUAAAUAAUAUAUAUUCUGGGCGCUGGUAGUCUGUAAUAAUCAACAUCCAUGGCACCACGAAUGUUCUUAUGGGGCCCAGGUAUCUUAUGUCAGUCAGAGUAUCGUACUGCACAAUAUUGUGUUGAUAUCAUUUUACAGCUUGUAACUACUCAUUAAAACAUCCAUUAGUGCUCACAGAUGGACCACUUGGGGAUUGUUUAUCCAACAGUAGUUGAGGGCCGAGCUAAUACUUAUCGUGGUACAUUUUACAUAUAGAAAGCUAUUGUAACUGAGCAAAGCAUAUCACUUCUUGAAGGGUUACUCCAGCCACCAUGACGACGUCUGUUUGUAGAAGUGGGUAAUAUCGUAACAAUCUGUAUUUGCUGCGUUUUAGCUUGAAAUUAUGCCUUUGCCUUGCAUUUUGUGUAGGGGUGUUAAUAAACCCCUUCCUACUAGGGGUCUAGGUGCCAAGUGCCUGUAUGGUGUAUAUACUAAAAUAAAUGUUUCUAUAGCAGUCGAUUCUAAAUUAAUUAUUGUGCAAACAUGUUGAAGAAACAAGUAAAUAAAUGACAAACAUGCCAACAUCAUAGGGAUCACUCUGUGUUACCCAAUCCAGUAUUAAAGUUAGAAAAUUCAACUUCUUUAUAACUUUAAGUGUUUCACAGUGCAAACACUGUCACCAUUAAGUUAUAUAGAGUGGAUAGAAACAAGAGUAAGCAUAAAAUCUGAUAGUAAUUGUGCUCUGUCACGUAAUGCCAUGCUUUUCAUUAUACUGUCACUUUAAGAAUGUUGUUUAAGAUUAGAGAUGGUCUCAAAGACGUUAAUUAUUUUUUUGCCACAGGGUGGAGUAAGUACUUGGUUUAUAUUUGGAUUUCUGGUUUUGCCAAUAAAAUAAACAUUCAUAUUUGUUUCUGUGAAGGUGUGUUGAAGUGGUUAAGGCAUCUCCGUAUGUGGAAUUGGCAAACGAUUUGGAAAUAAACAAAGCUAUCACUUACCUCAGACAGAAAAAUUUUACUAAGGUCAGUACAUCUACAUUCUAUGUGUUUGUCACAUUUCAUCUCAUUGUUAAGAUUAUACUAAACAUUAAACUGUUAUAUUGCCAUCAUUCUAAUUAUAUUGCUACAUCUGGAAACUUCGUAAAUGAAUGUCAUCCAUAGAUCUGAUCAAAUGUACUCAUUUUUUUUUUUUUAAUGGCUAGUGGGAAAGAUUCAAAGUAUUGGAAAUAGAUAGUUUUGACUUGAUUUUACAUGGAAAAUUCUCACUUGUCAGAAUUAAAGGACCACUAUAGGCACCCAGACCACUUCAGCUUAAUGAAGUGGUCUGGGUGCCUGGUCCAGCUAGGGUUAACCCUUUUUUUUAUAAACAUAGCAGUUUCAGAGAAACUGCAACUUAUAGGCAAAGAAACUAUUGCUUAAUGAAACAGUUUUAGUGUAUAGAUCAUGCCCCUCCUGUCUCACUGCUCAAUUCUCUGCCAUUUAGGAGUUAAAUCACUUUUGUUUCUGUGUAUAGAGCAGGGACGUAUUAGCCGCGAGGCAAACAAGGCAUUUGCCUUGGGCGUCAUUUUUCAGGGGGCGGCAAAAAACGCCGCCCCCAAAUGCCCAGGGCAAAUGUCUAGUUAGCCUUGCGGCUAACAGACAUGCUGGGCUGGCUGGCGGGCGGGCGGCUGGCGAGGGAGCUCUUCCUCUGAGCGGUCUGCUCAGCUCCCUCGCGUGCCGCAGAGUGAGGCUGGGAGCCGGAAUAUGACGUCAUCAACCCGGCUCCCAGCCUCACUCUGAGGCGCGCAAGGGAGCUGAGCAGAGUGCUCAGAGGAAGAGCUCCCUCGCCAGUGGCGCCAGCCCAUCAGCCCGACCGGCAGCCACUGGACCCCAGGGAUAAAGAGAACCCCCCGCCCCCCAGCAUUCCCAAAGGUAAGGAGGCUGGGGGGGGUUAAAUUAAAAAAAAAGUGUUAAUGUGAGUGUGUGUGUGUCUGACUGUGUCUGACUGUGUUGUGUGUGUGUGUGUCUGUGUCUGACUGUGUGUGUGUGUCUGACUGUGUGUGUGUGUCUGACUGUGUGUGACUGUGUGUCUGACUGUGUGUGUGUGUGUGUCUGACUGUGUGUCUGACUGUGUGUCUGACUGUGUGUGUGUGUUUGUGUCUGACUGUGUGUCUGACUGUGUGUGUGUUUGUGUCUGACUGUGUGUGUGUGUGUGUGUGUGUAUUUAGAAGGUGGGGUGGUGGGGGGGGGGGCGCAUGAGUUUUGUUCUGCCUAGGGCAGCACAAAACCAGGAUACACCACUGGUAUAGAGCCCUAGCCAUACGUCCCCUGGCUGUGAUUGACACAGUCUGCAUGACAAAAAAGGGUUUAAUUUUCAAUCAGUUGUUAACUUGUCUUCAAAGGUUUUUUUUUUUUUUUUUUUUUUUUUUUUUUUAUCUCCUGCUCUGUAAAUUGAACUUUAAUCACACACAAGGCUCCUGCAGGCUCUUGAAGGUUAUUAACAGAGGAAAAGAUAAGAAAUUCUAAAUUAAACAGACAGUGCAAUAUUGGAACCUAGAAUAUCUAGGCUCCUUUUCGGGAAGUGUUUAGGAAAGCUGCGCAAGUCACAUGCAAGGAGAUGUGAUUAGGGCUGUAUAAACAAAAUUAUUUAAGUCCUAAUUUGCAGAGAAUUGAAAAGUAGAAGAUUGAUUUAUUUUUAUUUUAAACUAAUUUGAUUAUAAUUACUGCCUUCUAUAAAACUUUUAGACUGACUUUCCCCUUUGUAAAAGUUGUUCACUGCCUUUACCACAUCUCUACAUAUUGUUGUUCAUUUUUAACUUGCGGCUCCUGAUAACUAGUUUAACACAAAGUCCAAAUCUGAAAUUGUCUUAGAGAGCUUUUCAUAGAAAUACUUCAACUGGGAUCCAGUUAAUGCAGGCUGUCUAUUAAUUCUUAUACAAAAAGAAAGGCUGGCAUUCCCUCCAAUAUCCAUUGGAGUAACUAAAUGACCUCCAUUUGUUUAAAUAUACAUAGGGAUUUAGGAGAGAGUGUAGGUAACUUUUUACUGUCUAUUAAUUCUUGUUUCUAAUCACUACUGUAACCAUGCCAUUUUUAUUUCUGUUUUUCUUUUUUCCUUAUUUGCUAUACCCUUAAAGUAUCAUUUGGUAUGUACAGUACUCUGUCCAUUAGUAUUUAGAGUAGAUUGUUUACUUAGUCGAUUUAGAAAAAGAGUUUCUUAUUUUCCUGGUAAUGUGAAAAGUUCUGGAUUUAAUCAAAUUAUACAGAUACUAACUACAUUGUAUAAGAAGUUGACAAAAAGGUUGCAUACAAUGUUAUUACAAUUUCUCCUAUCUUGGAGGCAGGUCAAACAUCUGAUUCUUUUUCUGUGCACAGCGGUAUGCUGGGAGGUUUUUCGGCACAACCUUUGAAAUCCCACGUUGGCCUCUGACUUUGCAUGUUCCCAGCAAUGUUUCAUUUAACUGCCCUUGAAAGGUUUAAAUUGGUGAAGAAAUUCCAAGAUCAGCGCUUGCACAAUGAAAACCUCAGCUCUGUAGUGUUACAUUUUUAGUUUGUGUUUUGUAACUGUAAAGUAUAAAUAUUUUUUUGCUUUCUCUGUUUGUAUUCUGCGCGAUAUGAUAUAUGAAGGACAUAAAUGUUCCUACUCAUAUUGCAAACUGAAUAUAUCAUUUAGAAUCCUCACUUUCCUGGAAACUGUAAUUAAACUUCGAUGCCUGGCACGUCUACAUACUGAUGUGCAGCGCUGCAGAAUUUGUUGACACUUUUUCUAAAUAAUGUUUAUUGAGAAUCAUACUAAAGUAUACCUGUUUACGGCAUAAUUACAGGCUGUAGAAACCUUAAAAAUGUUUGAGAAGAAGGACAGCAGAGUAAAAAGCGCAGCAGCAACCAACUUAUCGUUCGUCUAUUUCCUGGUAUGUAGUAACCUGUGUCUUUCAUGUAAUUUAUGUAUUGUAUAUUGUCAAAACAGUAUGCUAAAGCUAUAUGUAUGUGUGCAUGCCUGGGCUUUUUCUGUUUUAGUUUUCUUAGAUACGGUGUUUAAAAAGUGUUCAAACAUUUUUUUUUACAAUUGCCUUUUCCUUCGGCACUAACUUCAUCUCCUCUUUCUCCAACAUCAUGGCGAUUGGGCAACCUAAUGCGCAUGUGUGUGUCCUCUUAGGAGUUCCCCAUAGGAAAGCAUUGAAUUAAUACUUUCCUAUGGGGAAUUUGGAGUUGCUGGGCGUCCUCAUGCAAACCAUAUGCAAACUACAAGGACUUCCAGCAUCAUAUUACGGAGAUAAACUUCUUGAAGCACCAGAAAGUGCCUCUACUGGCUAGCUGGACUAGAGGUCUCGGAAACUGUAAUGUUUUACAUUGCAGGGUUAAGGGGACAGGGACACUGCACCCAGACCACUUCAAUAAGUGGUUUGGGUACCUAUAGUGCCUCUUUAAGUAUUUUCUGCAGGUUUAUGGACUCAGAAUCCGGCAGUAUCAGAGUUAAGAGAGCAAUUUCUGUUUCCUGUAGAGUAGGGAGCACAUUGAGCUUUGCUAGAAAUCCCAGGCUCUGGUUGGCUGUUGACAUCACUUGACAUCGCUUUCUGUAGCCUUUUAUAGUUAAUAAAAUAUUUUAAAAAAUGGGAAAUAAAAGUUCAUUUUUCCCACUGUUUAGCUUAUAAGAAUUGUUAUACAAAUAAAAAUUACAAAUAUUUUCAAUUAUUCAUCUGAUUGCUAAAAUGCCCGUAAUGUCCAGGUUUUCAAUUGUUUUUGGAAGAUAAGAUACAAAUAUUGCAAAGAGUGAGUUAUUGCAAGCUAAACCUUUCCAAAAUGCAGCUAGAUUCACAAUGGGGUCUGCUGAGAGUCUAAUUUUAAAGGAAAUCUGGCAUCGCUAUUUUCACUUGUGCGCUUUUGAAAGAGCCUAACAUUCUGUCCAUACAUUGUGCCGGCAGUUUUGCAUGCACUGUGUUUCUAUGGAAACCACCUAGUGACUCUGCUUGUGCUGGCUGGCUAGGGAGUAUACGAAAAUAGUGAAUGUUGGCACUCAGUUCAGACGCCAGGAUGCUGGCACCAAAGCCAACGUGUAAGUGAUACACAGGAAGUUUUUCAAGCUUAAGGAAGUGUCACCAAGCAGGGCAAAUCACACAAGACAGCCGGCGGAGUGUGGGCAGACCAUCGGUUGGUGUUACAAAAAAGAGGAACACUCACAAAUCUCAGAACAUGGUGGCGAUGGAACGGAAGUAAGAGGAGUAGAUUUCAAAUUAGCAAAACAAGACACAUAUUUCAUACAUUGGUUCAACAAUUUGUAGAGUGCAUCAAUCAAUAUAAAGGGUAAUAUAACCUCAGAUUUGUAUUCUGGUACAGCAAUAUCCAAUAUUAGACCUUAUAGGGUCAAAUUACAGACAUGCCAGUUUACUUUUUCAAAUUUUCAUCAGUUUAUUUACUGGAUCCAAUGUAACUUUGGGAAACACAGAGGUUCUCACACGCAUUUCACCGCCCAUCUUGGCAUAGUGUUUGCAAAAUAAGACAAUCUGAGCUAUUUAAUACUGGGCAUUUUGAGUCUUUUCACUUGGAAAUUAUUUCACAAGUUUCUGUUGGGAUUAGUGAUGAAUGUGUAUUUUGUAAUUGAUCGUAUGAGUCUAUCGUAGCAGUCCCCCAUCUUUAAUUGGUUUCACAAAAAAACGCAAACAUCAUGUUAGCACCCAGGGAAACCAGCUACAAAUCAGGACAGAAGUGUGUAUGCUGCAGCCUAAAAAAAGGACAAUAAUUGAGUUUCUCAAAAAACAAACCAAGAAAAUAAAUGUUAUUGAGAAGAAUAUAUGACAUCAGGGAGGUGCAAUUUAUAUUUUUUUUGUUAAUUUUUGGUUGAUAUUAUCUUAUUACUAAACCUGAUCUCCCUGUUUUAAUCUGCCUCACUUUACGUAGGAGGAGGAGUAUUCACACGCAGAUAUCUACGCAGAUUUAGCUGUAUCCUCUGAUCGAUAUAACCCGGCAGCGCUAACAAAUAAAGGAAAUGUUAUUUUUGCAAGUGGAGACUUCGAGAAAGCAGCUGAGUACUACAGAGAGGCUCUGAGAAACGAUUCAUCCUGCACUGAAGCACUAUAUAACCUUGGUGAGUGAAUUUGUCACAUUCUGUAGAGCUCUUUAAAGAUCCUUGCAUGCAUUAAUAGUUUUAUGGAAUUAGACACUAGUUUGAAAACCAGUCACAAUAUUGAAAGCAGAAAAGAAAUACCUUGACAUCUAAUAAACUCUGGCAAUGACCUCACCAUGGUCAUCAGUUUAGAAACAUAGAAUGUGACGGCAGAUAAGAACCAUUCGGCCCAUCUAGUCUGCCCAAUUUUCUAAAUACUCUCAUUAGUCCCUGGCCUUAUCUUAUAGUUAGGGUAGCCUUAUGCCUAUCCCAGAAUAACAACAGUACACAUCAGUAGGGGUGGUCCACACAGAAACCCACUGUCACUCAUUGUAGCGUGGCAGACUGUGAUAGCAGCAGAUGAUCUACAUUUUCAGUCUGUCAGUGCAGCUCUGAGCAGCAUGCAGACUAAGUGAGAGGCAGGAAUAUAACUUAAUGUCGUAAUGUCUCUUUGACAGAUUUUGUUUUUUACUCUGUAGCUGUAUUCCUGAUUCUAUUCCUAUGUAGUGUCCAAAUUUAAAGGGGCAUGCAUCACUUUGAGACAUCUGUCUCAUUGAAAGGAUUUAGCUUUGAGUGACACAGUUGCCUCACUCUGCACACAGAUUUUUUUUUAAUAUUUACCUGUUUCUUCUUUCAUAUGCUUUCUACUUCCACUCUAGGGGGGGCAGUGUUCUAACCCAUGUCCUAUCCCAAGUAUGCCGGAAAAGUGAAUUAUUUCACCCACCUUCUGUGUGUCAUUUUCUCUGCAUACUUACCUCCCCCUCAACGGAUCCAGGACAGCCACUAGCCUACCUUUGUGGGUGGCAUCCUUCUCUCUUGCACUGCCCCUGUUUGGGAAGCCUCUGAUCACUUCCCAACUCCUGUUCCAGCCCCCCAAGCAAGAGAACAGCCUCCAGAUGUUUCUCAUGUAGAGGGGCAUAGACAUAGAGUCUGUGCAGGUAGUCUGAAUGAUGGCAGGAGUGUGAUUUUCAAUAGAGGUUUUGAACAACAUUAUAAAGUUGGUAGAAAUCUAGUUAGCAUAAUGUAAAGAUAGAAUAAUGAGAGAAUUUGAAUUGUGUACAAAGUACCAUGACAGGCAGCCUUUAAACCCCUACAUGAAGUAAGUGGUUCUGAUGAAAUACACAGGGGGUAGGAUGUGCAGGAGAUGAACACCAGGAUGCGAGGGGCCUGGAGAUGGUUAGUAGUGGGGCUUGAGAGACACUGGAGGUUAAGUGAGGUGUAGGAGGCACACAAGUAGACAAAGUGCAGGAUAGAUAUAAAAGUUGGUAAGAGGCUGGAUAGGCACAGUGAGUGUGAAGGGGAGAUAUCUGAAGGGGUGAUGAGACUGCGGAGGUAUACAAGUGGUAGGGAGGGGAGUUUCAGAGACAUACAGGGAUGAGGGGGUCUAAAAAGGAGACAAAAAAUAAAUGGUUCUAGACAAUAUCUCCUUGUGUGCCAUAUUCCCAAAGUAUGUAUCGGCAUCAGAGUGGUCAAGGUACGGAAAGUGCUCCUCUUGAGCACCUGUCCAUAAACCAAAAAAAAAGUAUAGAUGGAAUAUUUCCUGCCUUUGGGAAAACCUAAAUCUAUUCUCCUGAUUUUCUCUUCUGGGUUGGGACACAGUAUAAAGUUUACUAGAUUAAAUUCCUGACAUAUUUUUAGAUAAUUAGUUUUUUAAGAAAUAAUAUAGAUUUUGAUUCAAUAUUUGUCUUUUAAUUUUUCUUUGUUAUUUAAGGUUUGACCUACAAGAAUCUUAAUCGGCUUGAGGAAUCCCUGGACUGUUUUCUUAAACUUCAUGCAAUCCUUAGAAACAGUGCACAGGUUCUCAGUCAAAUUGCAAGAUUGUAUCCUUCCUAAAAUGAAGCAUUGUGGAUAUAUUGGAUAUUUCAUACAAAAGCUAUACCAUCAGUGUAUAUUUAAUAGAUGAUCUAAAGAUAGAAGAUAGAAUAAUAUUAUACAAAUUCUUCAGAUAGCCUGGGCAAGCUUUCCAGGAGGUGUAGAGCCUCCUUCAUUGACUUCAGGCAAUUUCCAGCACGACUUCUUCAGGGUCCAAUGGAUACAUUCAUUUUGGACAUGUUGAAGUUUCAUUCUUUUUUCUUAAUUUGAACAAAUUUGUACUAUUUGUUCUUUUGCAGAAUAUCUGGCCUUAAGUGUAGUUAUUUCUGGAAGGUAUCUUAUUUCCUUAACUCUGCUUCUCAAGGUAUGAAAUGCUUGAAGACCCUGUUCAGGCAAUUGAUUGGCUUACACAACUUCUCAGCAUUGUUCCAACUGAUGCUUAUGCUCAAGCAAAACUCGGAGAGUUGUACGAUACUGAAGGGGACAAGCCGCAAGCUUUCCAUCACUACAGCGAGGUAUACAAAGAAACAUUUUGAAGUUAUGCAAAACCUGUUGAUUUUACUCCUUGAUUGUAUGUUAGGAGAAAACUAAAAAUGUGGUCAAUGUUAACUGCUUAAUGCUAGGGUCAAUUUCCAUUUUUAAAGUUAAUCCCUUUCAAUUGAUUAGAUUGAAGAAUAACAGCAAAGAAUGUGGGAUUUCUUUUCUUCUUUUUCUAUUGACUGUAGCAUUCCUCAAAUAUUUGACUAGAAUGGUCUUAACCCCUUAAGGACACAUGACGGAAUGUUUCCAUCAUGCUGGUCUCUUAUUUCUGAAGCUGUGUCCUAUAAAUGAGCUUGAACAUGGUCAAUUAUAUAUUGCAUUGCAUGAGGAACGGUUAACAAACUAUUUACCCCUCACCAGCUUUGUCAUAGCUGUCAUAACACUGGAUUCGCAAGAAAGACACAUCGGUUACACAGUGACAGCAUACACUCCAAAACUGGAUCUUUAUGGUCACCUUAACCCCUUAAGGACCAAACUUCUGGAAUAAAAGGGAAUCUUGACAUGUCACACAUGUCAUGUGUCCUUAAGGGGUUAAAGUCAACAUAACAAUCCUUAAGUGCAGAUGGUUUUAGAAUUAGGCGAUACGUGAAAGAAAAAGGUUGUUUGUUUUAUUUAAGCACCAACCCUCUUAGAUCUCAGAGAAGCUGAACUUUUUUUCAAACAUGAACAUACUGUUCAACAGGUGUUUUAUUCAUUAAACAAAGAAUGGACGACUAAGUCAAAAAAUUUAGGCUGAAGUCAUCAAGUUGAAAAGUCUGCAACUUAGAGAAAAUUAAUCACAAUUCCUUGCAGAUUUUUUAUCUAGAAUAAACUGACAAAGCAACUGUAAAGUGUGGGCCAAAAUAGAAAGGGUUAUAUAGUAAAGUGUGAAUUCUUGGGAAUGUUCAAAUUAUAGCCUGAAAUCACUAAGCUGAAAACGUAUCCGAAACGUUUGUAGUCCAUCUAUUUUGGCCUAAAAUUUCAAAUUCAAUCUGAAUUGCCAACAAUUCUCACUUUAGUGAUCAACCCCCGAGAGUUUGAAAUAAAAAAAAAAAAAAUGUACAAAAUCUCCAACUGUCCAUUCCUUCUAUUUUUCAGUUUUCUUUUAAAAGUUCUCCUUUUUUCACUGUUCAGUAAAUAAGCCUCUUUGCAAUUUAAUUUUUAAACCUUAAAGAAGAACUGUUACCACUUGUGAUUUUAACACUGUUCAAACACUGUUGUUUAACAAUGCUUAUUUUUCCCUUAUAUUAUGUACCAUUCUGUACUGGAACUGGGUGCCUCCCUGACAGAAUUCAUGAUACGCUCUGUUUUUUUGCACUUGUUGGCCAAUAUAGAGUUAGUAGAGAGAGGUGAUAAGAAUAAAAACAUUUCCUUUCAGACCCCCUUUCAGAUUGUGUGCUUGCUGUGCCUGGAAAGAACUGUGAUUGAAUUUGAUAAAUCGUAAAUUUACAUUGAAAAGAAAAUUCAGCAUUAUAGAAAAAAGUAGGUUAACACAAGUUAUGGGCUAUGUUUUUUAAUGUUAAACAUGAAAAUGGUAGCCCUGUAGUAUAUAGAAUUCAGAAGAAGGUGUAUUAGAAUAAGCAACUAGGCAAUGAAGAAUCCAGCAAUUAGGCAGAAUAUGCAUUAUACACACUGCAGGGCAACCCUUUUCGUGCAUUUUCAUAAAUAUGAGAAACUUAUAUGUGUCCCUGUAAACAUGGUGGGUCUGGUCACAGUGUCCUGCAAUCUCACGGCAUCCUCUAUAAACCUCAGUGUCGGAGUCUCUCGCAUACGCGUGCUAAAGAUGACUGCCAGGAACACGAUGGCAGCAUGAGGGACCCGGUAGCCUCCAGACACACAGCGGCUAAUUAUGCAAAGUCUCCAGACGGUGGCAAAACUGCUUUAAUCUUUUUUUAUCAUAAUCCAAUUCAGAGAAGGCAAAGUCAUGUCAAACUGUGCAAAUGAAGAGAAGAACUAAACAGUGUUUAAUUUCUCCUCUUCUCUGCACACUUUAUCUAUGUUGAGGCCCAGGUUCAAAGGAAAUCUUAUUACAGUGACUGACAAAGUGCUAAGAUGGAGGCACUCAUUUGCAGGCUAGAUUUCUACACUUAAUUUACAUUUUUCAGACUGUGCUUAUACAUGGUUGUUAAAUAACGGGAUACAAAAACAUUAUAUUGAAAUUCCUUGUAAUUACCCUUUAAGCAUACCGUGUAAGAGCUGGACCUUAUAUUUAAAUGUUAACAAAACAUGUCUUUCAGUAAGUUUGCAUGCACAUGUUCACAGACCAUCUCACAUCUGGCAAACAUUGGCUUCAUUCAUGUGACAAAUUGCUGCCUGCCAAAGAUUUAACCUGAUAAAUGCUUAUAUUGCACAACAUGAUAUUGCCAAACUUCAGAGGGUUAAACAUUAUGCUACUUUUUUCUUUUCUUUUCUUUUCUUUGUUUUUUUUUUUUUUUUUAGUCUUACCGGUUUUUCCCUUCAAACAUUGAAGUAAUUGAGUGGCUUGGAGCCUAUUACAUCGACACCCAGUUUUGUGAAAAAGCCAUUCAGUAUUUUGAGAGAGCCGCUCUUAUUCAGUAAGUCACACACAAUGUUGUCUUUUAACGCUUCUUUGAUGCGUUAUGAAUGUUUUCUGUCCUAGACCAUUUCUAACGCAGCGAGAUGAUGUUGCAUAAAAUCUUCUUGUCCCUAUAUUAUGAUGAUCAGUUGUGGUUGGUUUGAACAUAAGAUUUUAGUUUAGAGAUUUUAGUAUCUGAAAGUAACACUGAUUUACUGAAACCCUGAACAAAAUCAUCAUUCAUUUAUUCAUAAGACUUUUUACACCAACCCAUUAUGAUUAUCUGCCUUGCGGACAAGGUUUAAUGGUUAUUAAUUUUGUGUAUACAAACUAAAAACAUUGACUUAUUGACAUAUUUCAACGCUUUUAAAAUAUGUUAAUUAACUAAACAGUUCUUCCCCUCAUACUCUUCUGGAAAACCGUUUAUAUUUUUGAGGUAAAAUGUGUAACCUGUUCGUAAUUGACAGUGGCCAUUUAAUGCUGAGGGCUGUUUGUGGUAAUCAGGAGUCUGUGUGCAUUCUCAAGUGGGGAUUUAUGGCAAUAAAGGUAAAUCCAUGCAGUUCCCUUGUGAAUGCAGAUAAUGUUUUGUUCGUGCUGAGAGUGUGUUGUAAUGUGUCUGUUCUUAAUGUGGAUUAGUGGCACUUUCGAAAUAAGGAUAGUCUCUGUUAUAUUAAAUCCGGUGUUUUAUUAAAGCUGCACUGGUUUAAAAAAAGGGUUUCUUUCCUGUUAGAAACGUACAGGGUUAUUUGCUACUUAAAUAAUUUCAGCUUUAAAGGAAUACUAUCGGGUCAGGAAACAUGUAUUCCUAACCCUAUAGUAUUAAAAACACGUGUUGGAUCCCUGGCCGCCCCUUGCCCCCCUUCAAAAGCUUUUUCCAGCGCCCUGUGGGUCUGCCGGCACAUUCUAGAAAAUUAAAAUGAAUGAAUGAAAAUUAUUCCUUUUUUUUUUUUUUUUUUUUUAAAUAAAAGCUCUCCAGACACCAUCUCUAAUCUGUGGUGUUUUCCUUUUUCCUUUAGAAGACAGCUGUCUAUAAUGCCAUCACAUUAUAUCACAUUUAAAUCUUAAAUCCCAUUUUCUUUCUGUCGCCAACAACAACACCUCACAGACACAUAGAUGCCACAAAUGGAUGCUACUACUUUGUCAUUGGCAUCGACCGUAACCUCCUGUAUAGAUACCCAACAUGCAUUUAUGUUAUUGGUAUUAACAUUCUUGUAUUACACAAUGUUUUCCUGUAUCUUCACUGUUUUCUGCAUAAAACUAAAAAUUUAUUUUCAAUAAAUAAAGAAUUGUAAAAAAAAUUAAUAAUCAGUAAUUUAACCCCUUAAGGACACGUGACAUGUGUGGCAUGUCAUGAUUCCCUUUAAUUCCAGAAGUUUGGUCCUUAAGGGGUUAACAAGGGUUUGUUUAGUGGCUUAUUUAAUAAAAAUAAAUAUAAAAUACAUUUAUGAACAGCAAAAUGGAAAGAAGAAAGAUGUGUUCAUAUUUUUAUUUUCCUUUUAUCCAUGGCACCUUUAGUUUGCAGUAAUCCAAGUGAGACAGUCUAUUAAAAUCCAGUUCUUUUAUUACCCUGCGUAUCGGGUUAAUAAUUUAGCGGCAGACAGUAACCCCCAGACACUGUCUACCAGAUCCAUAAAAUAUAUUAAUUUGUCAAAACCUGGAAUAUGGAAAAUAUAUUCAGCUGUCUGUGCCGCCAUGGAUUAUAGCUAGGAAAUAGUCCAUAAAAAAAUAAAACCAUGCUUCAUAACCACAUGUGGUGCUGGAAAAAACCCAAAAGAAAGGAUUGUAUGAAUAGCUGGUAUCCCACACCUGUCUGAAGGACAUCAUUAUAUGCCAUUAGGCAGUUCUGUUCUUUCUCUGUUUUAGUAACAAAUAUAGGGGGACGCGUUGAUAACCCAUCUCAUCAUAAUUUAUAUUCUGUAUUAUAUAAGGUAAUUAAAAAAGAAGGCCUGCACCAAGGUGGGGUAGAUAAUUUACUAUUUAUGUGAAAGCAAGAAAUUGAAAUAAAAUCUGGAAUGGAUUAUAUCCGCUUUAAACUGUAAAAAUCAAGAGGUUGAAUAUUCAUUUUCUGUUUCUGGAUUGUGUGUUUUUUAUGUUGGAUUGCCAUGCCCAUGGAAUUGUAUUGUCUUUUUUCGCAGGCCCACUCAAGUGAAAUGGCAACUGAUGGUAGCCAGCUGUUAUAGAAGAAGUGGUAUGCAUUUCCCUUUACAUUUUCACAGUUUUUAUUCCACUCAUACACAAUUAAUUGGGAUUCUUUUCCCAAACCCAACCAAUCCUAUGUAACCACACCCUCCUUUAUGGUGCCCCGUACUAAGACAGACCAUGUAACAAGCAUGCCCAAUUCUAGUUGUAUAACCCUGCAACCACGUUUCCUUCCUGGCCUCCAUACAUCUGCUUCUUUGCAGUCAUUUCCCUUGUUAUAUCCUUCUGUACCCAUGUCGAAAUGUCAUUCCAUGUCCCCUGGAGCUGUGCCCCAGGGCCCAAUCCUUGCUUUUCCCAAACCUUAACCCUCUGUUACAAUGUUCCCUUACAGCCUUGUUCCAUUCAUGUAUGUCACUAUCAAGGGCAGUCUAUUGUGAGGAGGCCACCCAUAACAGAGAUGGCAAAGAACAAGUAUUGGCCGGGGGGUUAGCUGCCACCCCUGUAACUGUGCCUUAGACUAGGCUAUUCCAAAAUACACUGCAGCACAAGCAAACUGUUUGUUAAUAUCUACAUGUCAUUUAGUCAUGUCUGUGUUAAUUCAUGAUUUUAAUACAAUAUUUACCCUCUAAGCAUUGCCCAGGGUGUACCUAUUAAAAAUUCCAUCUGAAUUGUAGAUGUGAAUCAUGAGUAGUUGCUCACUUGUAGAUUUACCCAAUAUCCAGACACAUUUCAAAGCUAUUCACAAUUCAAGGAAAAACAUUGUGUUUUUUUCUAUUAAUUAUGUAUAUAUAAGUUUUUUCUAUUAAUUACUGCAUAUACAAGUUUUGAAGGAUAUAAUCCAUAGCAGUCCGGUUUCUUACAUGCCCAUCCAUGGUAUUUCGCUGAACCAUAACCCAGUAAAAUCAGCAUGACUUUUCACUCUAGCAAUCUAAUCCAGUUUGGAAGUUAAUUAUUUAUAUUGAUAACGCCCACCAGAUGUUCUGCUGGAAUCUUCCCAAUUAUCCUUUGCUUUUUUUCCCUCCAUGUUAUUUUCAACAUAUGCUGUUUUUUGCUCAUUAAGUAAAGCCUGAUGUAAACAAUGAUACUAUUCAAGCUUACAAGCAUACAAAAGCCAAAUGUGAUGUUACACAUAUAUAUUUUAGACAAACUUACUUUAGCGUCACACUUUUAUCACAAUAUCAUGCCGGGCAAGUCUAUUAAACAUCGAGAAAUAUCUGCAGCAUGUGCUUACGGACAGGCAAAUAUAGGUGUCCUUUGAAAAAUGUUUUAUUAAAUAUCCAAACUCGUCUGUGAUAUAAUUGUUCCAUGUCUGAAAUGUAAUCAAUCCAACUAGUUACUGGAAUACGAAAGAGAACUUUCAGAUAGAGUACAAAUCAAUGGCUUUCAACAAAAUUUGCCUGUGAACCUGUUCUGUGAGUUUGUUUUGAACACCAAAUACUCAACUUAACAUGGAAUGGAGCAAGUCCGUGACUAGGAAAUUUGGUCAGUUGCCGGAAUUUUAUUAAAAUACUUAGAACUCCUGUGCCAUUGUUUGUCACAAAUAGGGCUAAAGGGACACUUUAACCGCAUUAAAUCAUGUAGUUUUUACAUCUUUUACACCCUCCCUGCAUGUGGCUUGCACAGCCUUCCUAAACACUUCCUAAAAAUAAACCUAGAUAUUUUAGGUUCCUAUAAUGCACAGUCUGUUUAAUCUAGAAUCUCGUAUCUCCUGUUAAUAGCCUAUUGGACCCUGCAGGAGCAUAAUGUGUGUGUUUAAAGUUCAAUUUACAGAGCAGGAGGUAAAUACUUCUAAAGCAAGUAAACAUCUGAUUGAAAAAUGAAACCAUUUUGUUUUCAUGUGUGAGUCACAGCCAGGAAAGGUGUGGCUAGGGCUACAUAAACAGAAACAAAAGUGAUUUAACUCCUACAUGGUAGAGAAUUGCGCAGUGAUACUACAGGGGCAUGAUCUACACACUGAAACUGCUUUAUUAAGCUAAAGUUGUUUUGAUGCCUAUCGUAUCCCUUUAAGAAAUGAGAGAACCUUCCAGUGUAGGAUCUUUACAUAAAUUACAAAAUCUAUGUUUCUUUUGAUCUACAUCAGUCUUAGCAAGAACAAAGUAAAUAAAUGCGUUGUACAGUGAAUGAAAUUAGAUUAAAGCACUUUUUCAGCAAUUUUGUAAAACUCUAACAUACAUUUUCCAAUUCCUGUUCCAAUUUUGAUAUCUUUUUCAGGCAGUUAUCAGAAAGCACUUGAUACAUAUAAAGAGAUUCACAAGAAGUUUCCAGAUAAUGUAGAGUGUAAGUAAUCAAUAAUUAUGAUGUAUUAUCAUAAAGGGUGUUUGCUGAAUUCAUAUAUGGGUGUUCUCAAUUCCUUGUUUUCAGGCUUGCGAUUUCUGGUCCGUCUCUGCACUGAUAUUGGACUAAAAGAAGUGCAGGAAUAUGCAACCAAACUUAAGAAAGCCGAAAAAAUGAAAGAAAUAAGGGAACAGGUAAUUUGUUUGCCUUGGAUUUACUUAUAAUACAUUAUUUUCUGUGAUACCUCAAUCACUAUUCAUCAAUGUUACCAGGAAUCCACGGCAGCUUGAAUGAGGUAGGUCUUCACAUACAAACAGCAACUAGUACAUGCACGCAAUAGAUACAAGUGCUAUUUACUUUAAAAUACAAAUAAAAUGAAGUCAUGGACUGCCUUGAUAGCAGAUAAUUCCAUAAAAUAUAUUCAUUUAAAGUGGCUCUGUCACAGCAAACUGACAUUUCUCCUGUUGUUUCCUCUGUCAGAAUCUGUUCUUUUUUUCAUUAUUGCUGAGCUAUUUCUCUUUAAGACAUAAGAUAAAGUAGGGACUUCUUUGUCUGUCUUAUGUAUUUUUACUGCGCUUGACAAUUGUCACAAAGAGUGAAGCUUAAGGCAAGCUUGACAAAGAAAAUGGAGCUUGUUUUAAGCUCCGCCAUUUUGUCACAAUUGUCAAGAGUAGGAAAAAUAUGUAAGACAAACUAGCCCCUUCUUAGUCUUGUGUUUUAAAGAGAUAUAGAUCAGAAAAGAAGAACAGAUUCUGAAAGAGGAAGAGAGUCGGAAACAAUAGGAGAAAUGUAAGAUUGAGGUGAUCUAGACAUUUUAAGAUAGAAAAGGCAAGAAAAAUAACAUAGCAUAAGUCUGGAUAAGGCAAAAUUUAUAAAUUAUUUUAUGUAGUGCACUCACUCAAUAGAGCUGCUCUUAGUGUAAUAAAGCUCUCACUGUUGUUUACAUUCUGAUUUGUUAACCUUUUUAUCCUUUGUUUUACAUGAAUAUCUAAUGUUGGGACUGCUAUCAAGUAACCUUUCUUAGAAUUAUAACAUUUGAUGACAGUAACUUGUUUCUAUAUUUUGACAUAUUUUUAUGCGUGUGUUCUAGGUAAUGCUUCAGUUUAGAUUUUUUUUUUAAAUUAAUUUAUUUAUUUUGGUGUGCUGUCAAUAGAUGCUGCAUUGGACAUAUAUAUAAUUGUUCCUGUUGGUUCCCAUUUGCAAAGUGAAGUAUGCAUCAUGGGAAAUGUAGUUCACAAACACACUGGAAGCCAAAGUUAUCCUUCAACGGGUUAUAUCCUCACUGCAGAGGUAGUAAUGCCCACUUUAAACACAGCUACGCUCUGGUGACAGUUUGCGCUUCUAGGUGCAUAUUACCACUGGCAUGUCAGCUAAAAUCCUCUUACACAUUACAGGAAUAUCAGGCAAUAAUAAAUCAGGCAAACCAAGAUCAGCUAACAUAGAUUAUAUUUAAAUGACAAACUAAAGCAAAGCAGUCAGACAAGUGAAAAGUCAGAACAGGCGGUGGUCAAGAUAUAAUGGGGCAAGUAACAUAAUGGCAUGUUGAUGCGUCACACUAUUUGAAGGUAAUGGUCCGUGCACAUUAGAAAUCUGCAAAUGACAAACAUGCUACCUGACCAGGUGGAGGACCGGCAAGCCCCUGAAGACAGUUAUCUGGGAGAUACGACCGAUUUCCACUAAUACGACUAAUACGACUCAUUUCCACUAAUUCCUGGGAAAUUCUGCAAUAUAUUGCUCUUGUAUGAAUUCAGCUAUUGGCAAAUUAAACCCUGUCAACACUAGCCUAUUAGGCAUAGCAAAUGGAAGUAAGAUAAAUUAGAGCCACCUUACAUUAACGACAGAAUAUCAUGUACUGUCCAAGAGUAUGAUUUGUAACUUAGUGGAAGUAAUAAAUACAACUGAAAAAGAAGAGUAUUGAUUUCCGUUUUUCUUUGUGUAAAAUGUCAAAUUUUCCACCAUUUACAGCCCGUGUGAGUAGCCCACACAUUUACUGUAAAGAUCCAGAGCAACAUAAGGAACGGAUUAUAAAUAUGGCCCUGAUUUCCUCAACAUAACUUUCCUAAGUGCUCCUUCAUAGCUCCCAUAGAGAGCUGCAAAAAUGCCAUCAAAUCUAACCCAUAUGAGCAGUAAAAUUAAACACAGAAGAUAUAUUCUGUCUUUAAAGUACAGAUCCCAGUAAACACUGUUGUGUACAUCGUACCAUAAAGAUUACAAGAAUCAUUUUUAAUGUCCAUAUGUAAUAGGUCCUAGUCUUGGCACACAACCAUUGCUCCAAAUUGUUAUGUCCCCUGGUGCUUUACCAGCUCCUUAAUCAUGUACGUUAAAGUGAGAGCUCAUGUCCUUUUUUUAUAGCUAUAAUCAGCUGAAAACACAUUUUUGCGUAGUUCUUUGUUACAGUCCAUCAGUUUCAUGAAAAGACCUAUAACAUUAUACUUUUGAAAUCAGAACAGGAGUGGGCAGGAGCUUAGUCUAUUUUUUGGGAACACCUGAGGUCUACCCUGUUGUAUGCUAAACAUUUCCGCACCUGGACUUGUACCUGUCUGUCAUUCAACAAUAUUAAUUAACUUUAAAAAUCCUGAUGCUCCUCAUUCAUAACUUUCUGCGUGCUCUACUGAUUUCCAAUUGCAAUGUCCUUACAUUUGGUUUACCUGAACAAUAACCCGUUAUCUUUAACACAUUUUCAUCUCAACAACCAAAAAAAUCUUCUUCUCUUAAAGGCUGCCUGUCACUCCCGUUCUAUAUUUAAUCCAUGACAGCCCGGCCUUUACUGAUCUUCAUGUCAUGAUCAGUACAACUGAAUUAUAAUGCAUCCAUUGCCUAUACUGCUUUAUUGAAGACUGGAUCUCCCAUCCCGUAUCUGUGCAUUCACCAAACCUUAACCCGCCCCAAAGUGAAACUUUUUUUUUUUAAUUCUUUAUUUUUGUUGUGCAUGGAAAUUACAUGCAAGCUUGCAAUGCCACAACAGCUAGAGCAAGUACAACCUGAUAUUUGAAUGAAACAGUUGUAUGGCAUUCGACAUUUCAGCACAAUUUUAUGUUAACAAAUAGGCUACUAAUAUGACUAAAUAUAGAGGAAAAUGUGGCAUAUAUAAGAUACCUGCUUAAGGAUCAAGACUUGUGUCUUGUGAAUUAAACCAGAGUGGAUGGCAUACAGUAUCAUAACCGGAUUUAUUCUGCUAGGCAGUGCCUCAUUUUCCUUAUGGAAGUAGUGAUAAACAGGCUGGACAAAUUUUAGGUUCUUAAAUUGGUGCCACUGAGAAUAAAAACUCGGUGAUUGCUACCUUGGACAGAAAUUAAAUUAAACAGAAAAGAAAGAGUAUACAACAGUGAUUAGUCGCUUUUCAAAUACACGGGACUUAACAGCGGCCAUCAUAGCAGAGGAGCAUAGCUCUGGUGUGGAGGUCGGUACCCAGCUCAGCCAAUCCCCUUGAGUGGUAGGAUUAGGGUGCCGUCCAGUGAGUACAUGCAGGAAGUUUCCCUUGAGCGCCGGGACAGGGGUCCCCUACAGCCCGAAGCCUGGACGAGGUUAACGGGGCUGCAGAGGAUUCGCUUUGUGAUGCAUUGUCCCGAGCGGGAGAUCGGCCUCCUCUCCCAGCCGACAGGCCAACGCUCCCAGUAAGCCGAAGUGCCAAACGGCGAUGUCCGAGGACAAAGCCGGUAUUUUUGGUAGCCGUAGUGUCCCCUUUAGUAAGGAUGAGUGCUCUGCUGAAUUCUGAGCUGUUUGUGGUGAUUGAAGUGCUGUUUUAGGCAAGUUAGGAUUAUUUCAAGCAGGAGCUCCUGAAGAACACGUCUGGCCUGCUUGAGAGUCAGGCCCCGCCCCCAACUUGAAACUUUUCAAAGAAAAUCUAUUUGCUAAGGAGUUUAAGCAUGCGUGGGAUAGGCAUAAGGCUAUCCUAACUAUAAGAUAAGACUAGGGACUAAUGAAAGUAUUUAGAAAAUUGGGCAGACUAGAUGGGCCGAAUGGUUCUUAUCUGCCGUCACAUUCUAUGUUUCUUGCAUUGUUGUUAUGGUGCCAGGAUUGUUCCUUUAAGUUAACUGCAUCUAUAUGCCUGUUAUAAUCCCCUGUGUAUUUUAUGGGACAGGGACUGAAUGUUCUAACUUAUUUAUAUGUGUCUAUCUUUCUUUUAUAAUACCUGUGUAGCUACUGCAUUUACUAUACCACUUCCUUACUAGAAUGAAAAGCUCCAUGUAAGCGCUAUGAAAGAAAAAAAGAUAUAUAAAUAUACACACAGAUACACACAUACAUACAUACACACAAACAGUUUAAUUCUCACUUAGAAACCAAGAGCAGUUAAUGACACCGGAAGUAUGGCAUAUGUCCCAGCUUUUUUUACAUCACUUACCUGGACAUCGCUCAUUCUCUAAGGAAAAGAUUAUCAUGAUGGUCCUGGCAAAUAGUUAUUAAUACUACUUUAUAUUAUAAGUAAUAUCAAGGAUUCAGUCACAAAAAUAUUUCAGAUGUAAUACCCGUCCAGUGAAUAAGCCCUAACUCCUUGCAAUUUUCUGAUCAAAAACCUUUUCUCAUAGCAAAACUAGAUUGAUGUGUGUCAAUAUAUUUUAACUGAAAUCGCAUUAUUAAAGGUCUUUAUUUUGGAGCACAUUCAGUGCGGAUUAGAAAACUCCAGGGCCCUUUCAGAGAGCGUCCAUAUAAAUGAGAAUUUGAAAUUGUAGUGAUCUUCAGUCAGUUAUCUUUAUCCGCUAUCUCUAUCUUUAAAAAAAGGUUUAACUGUAAAAUCUCAUCUUAAUAUAUUGUUUGUCUUGAUUUUAAUAUUGUUCCAGUCUUGUACGUCACAACGGACUCCUCUUUUAUCAAUCUCCAGUUGCUUUUCAGAAGGACGCUUAUUUCAUUUCGUUACAGUAGAUCCUUUUAAAUAAGACUCCAGGGCCAAGUCUAAGCCAAGUAUUUCUGUCUGAAAUUCCACUCAUAUUUCUACCAAUCGCAUUCUCAUUGCAAUUCAUCCAGAUGCUUUCAAUGGAAACUAUAUUUCAGAUCAUAACGUCUGCAUCUUUUUUUUUUUUUUUUAAUAUGACUCCAUUCUUUUUAAAGCUGUUAAGCAACUGUUUUAAAAAAAAGAUGAAACUGGAUUCUGCUAUUUAUAUUUAAAACAAUAUCGUCCUCAAUUUAAUUAGAUUCACAUUUAUCAGCAGAUUAUCAGCUCCUGAUCAGCCAUUUAUAAGUUUGGACCGAUUGGAUUACUGGCACUAAAUGCUUCUCCGGAGCCAAAUGUAUCUAUUUGAAUAUUGAAACCAGUAAUUCUAUUUUAGUUUGAAAAUAUCAGAUUUCAGGGACACACAUACUCUAAUAUCACUCCAGUGAUUUCUCUAAUUAUAAUAACCAGUGGCUAUCUCCUCCAGCCCCACCCAUGAAGGCUAUGCCAGGAGCCCCCUAUAUUUAAUUUGUGAAGGACAGCAAUACCUGCCCACUUGCUAGAUUUAAUGACAAUUAAGGACACUACCUGCUCUUGUUUAAUAUACAUACCUGGGAGUAAGGUAUUGCUUAUACUUGAGCUCAUUUUCGGACCCUGCAGCUUGGUAUCGGCAGUUAUAUUUAACAUAUUUACUGGUUUUUAAAUGCUUGUGCAAUAACUUUGCUCUUAGUCCAUUAUUAUUUGAACUUAUAGGUGAUUGUUUCCUGUGCACUUUUAUCUGUACAUAUAUUUGCACUUAGUCACUUGCACUUUGUCUAUCCAGUAUUUUAUUGUGUUAAACUGCUGUACCUAAGGGUCUUUUUGGCCUAUUGUGGCAAUUUUAUUUAUUUCUCACUGCACAUGUUUUGUGCUGUUAAUAUGGACAUUUUAUAAUCAAUAAAUUCGUGUUAUUUUUUUAUCCUUAUUUUUAUCCUUGUCAUUAUACUCCAUUCUUUUUUCUUUUUACCCCAUUUACAUUGCCUAUAUAGUGAUUGUGGCGCUCUGUGUUUUCUGUUUUUUCUGUUUUUAUAUUUGGGGUUGGAGUGACCUAUUCACAGAAGCUUGCCUGCACUGGGUUUCUUCACUACUCAUCACCCACCUUUGACUUUAUUUUAUAUUGCUUAUACUAACAUGGCAGUCCUUUUGCUCCCAAGGGUUUUUUGUUUCUUUUUCAAACAGGAUUAGUCAUCAACAAAGGCUGAUAAAUGAGCUUCCAUUGCACAUUUAUCUGAGGUUUUUAUUUUCAACAUCAUAUUUUUAACUGUUUAUCUCUACUCCUCCUGAGGCCAAAUCCCCAUACCAUCUUUUCAACAAGCCUCUUUAGUUCUGCUCUGUUCAACCCACGCACCCGUCCCUCCUCCGGCCCACCCAGGUUCCCCAUAUUAUUAUUAUUGCCAUUUAUAUAGUGCCAACAGAUUCCGUAGCGCUUUACAAUAUUAUGAGGGGGGGGGGAGGGGGUAGAUUUAACUAUAGAUAGGAUAAUUAAAAGACAACUUACAGGAACGAUAGGUUGAAGAGGACCCUGCUCAAACGAGCUUACAGUCUAUAGGAGGUGGGGUAUAAGACACAUUAGGACAGGAAAUAUCAAUCAAGGUAGAAGUGAAACAGAGCUGGAGGACAGAAGAGUUCUGCCCUUUAGGUUAGAGCAAGAGACAGGUAUGUGAGGUAGAGAUGGGUUUUAAGGCACUUCUUAAACGAUUGAAGACUGAUGGCGGUAGUCAGGCUAUUCCAUAGGAAGGGAGCCGCCCGCGAGAAGUCCUGCAAGCGUGUGCUGGCCAUACGGGUGCGAGCAGCAGACAAGAGAAGGUCAUGGGCAUGGGCAUGGGCAGAACGGAGAGACUGAGAAGGGACAUACCUAUGGAUCUGUGAAGAGAUAUAAGAGGGGCUAGAAUUGUUCAGUGUUUUAUAGGUAUGGUUUAGCACUUUGAAUUGACUCCUAUAGGAUACAGGAAGCCAAUGUAAGGACUGACAGAGAUGUGAAGUGUGAGAGGAUUGACUAGAGAGGAAAAUCAGUCUGGCGGCAGCAUUCAUUACAGACUGUAGAGGGGCAGUACGGUUUUUGGGAAGAUCAAUCAGGAGAGGGUUACAAUAAUCCAUGCAGGAAAUUACUAGAGAAUGGACAAGCUCCUCGGUAGCAUCUUGCGUAAGAAAAAGGUGGAUGUGGGCUAUGUUUUUAAGAUGGAAUCUACAGGAUUUGCCAACAUACUGGAUGUGAGGCUCAAAGGUGAGGCCAGAGUCAAGUAUGAUGCCAAAACAGUGCACUUGCAAGGAUGGACUUAUGUGGAUACCACUAACGUGAAGGGAGAGCGAAAGAGGAGGAUCAGAAUUAAGAGGAGGAAAGGCAAGGAACUCCGUUUUAGAGAGAUUGAGUUUCAGGAAGCGGGAGGACAUCCAGUCAGAGAUGGAAGAAAGACAAGCAGUGACACGUUGCAGGACGGCAGGGGAAAGGUCCGGGGAGGAGAGAUAUAUCUGGGUGUCAUCAGCGUACAGGUGGUAGUGGAAUCUAGAGGUAAUAAGUUUGCCAAGAGAGGCCGUGUAAAGGGAAAACAGAAGGGGACCAAAGAACAAGGGGGACUCCAACCGAGAUAAGAGGAAAACCACGAGAGGACAGAAUCACAGAGACCGAGUGAUUGAAGAGCUUGAAGAAGGAGCUCAACGGUGUCAAAUGCAGCAGAGAGGUCAAGAAGAAUUAGUAUGGAGUAGUGGCCUAUGCAUUUAGCUGCAAUUAGGAAGUUAGUAACUUUGAUAAGAGCAGUCUCAGUAGAGUGGAGAGGACGGAAGCCAGAUUGAAGAGGGUCAAGGAGAGAGUUGGAAUUGAGGAAGUGAGACACACGGCAAAGACAAGUCUUUCCAGAAGAUUUGAAGAAAAAGGAAGCAGUGAUAUGGGACAAUCGUUAGAGGGGGAGGACGGGUCGAGAAAUGUUUUUUUCAGGAUAGGUAUUACAGUAUCAUGCUUAAGGUCAGCAAGGACAUUUCCAGAAGAGAGAGCAGUUGAAGAUGUGUGUUAAAGAAGGCACAAGAAAAGGGCAGAGAGAUCUGAUAAGGUGAGAUGGGACAGGAUCGAGCGGGCAAGUGGUGGGGCGAGAGUCAAGGAGAAGUGCAGCCACCUCUUGUUCAGAAGCCGGGGAGAAAGUCUGAAGGGUAAGAAAGGCAUGAUCUACAUGUGUUUGAGAAAGAGAAUAUCAAGGUGGGGAUAAUUCUUUCCUUUGCUGUUCAAUCUUGUCGGUAAAGUAGCAUGCAAAGCUCUCAGUUGUAAGGUAAGUUCGGGGGGUGGCCACAGCAGGACGAAGAAGAGAGUUAAAGGUGUCAAUGAGAUGCCUGGGAUUGCGGGAGCAUGAACUAAUGAGAGAGGAAAAGUAUGACUGUUUGGCGAGGGCAAGGGCUGUGAUGUAUAAACACCAAAUGAAUCUAAAUUUAUAACAUGCUCCUCCAGCUGUUUAAGAUUCUCUCUCAAUUACCUCUUCAUUCCUUCUAUAUUCUACCAAGCUGCAACUCUCGGUUUACUUAUUUAGCCAUCACUUCCAAACUUCCCCUGCUACCUCUUGUCUCAAAUCCCCAUUGUAUCCUUUAGAUUGUAAGCUCACGGGCUAUCUAGCCAAGCACUUUGUACUCGGCUUACUAGCAGGGCCCUCUCUACCUUUGUCUGUGUAUAUUGUAUGAUCUCCACUAAUUGUACAGCGCUGCAGAAUCUGUUGGUGCUUUAUAAAUACCAAUAAUAAAUAAAAAUAAAUUUAAAAAACAUAUAACCAGAUUUGGCUGGCAUUAAAUCUAGCCAACAUUUGAUUUACAAAAUUUGCCAAAAACAGCUGAUAUUUCUUGACUGGUUUUUGCAGAUAUAAUUAAAAUUGAAGCCGAAAUUUGGAAAAUAUACAACUGAUAAAAGAAAUAAAGGGUCCCUCCAGUUUAGAGGUUGUUGGAUUUUGUUUUGUUUUUGGUGGGGGGGGGGUGAAAAAAAACAAUGAAACAACAUGUCAAGCUAAUAUCGGUGUUUUUAUUCAUGUUUUUCAAGAAUUACAUUUUAUCCUAGGCAAGUAUAGUUGUACAGACUUUCUCAUGAAAGAGCCUGUGCAAAUCAUUUGGGAUAGAUUUUAAAAGAAUAAAAUCAAUGAAAAUCCAAAUUAUUACUCUGUAUCCAACAAAGUAUGAGAAUUGUUACCCUCCUUUGGUUGGCUGCUUUGGUUGCAAACUUCAUUUCACUGCAGUCCAAGGUUUGAGUGAACCCCAAUGUUUUUUGUUUGUUUGGUUUUCAAGCACAUCCAUGCCAAUACAGUAGGUUCUCUGACAGCUUACAAUCUAACCGUCUUUUCUAAACAUUGUUCUCUAGUUUGAAUUUAACAAUAUAAACAAAGUACUACCCUGUGCAAAAACUAUAACGACCACAAAUAUUAUGUGAAACUGAUUAUUAUAAUUUUACAAUAUGUUUUAUUAUAACCAUUCUAACCGAUAUUGACAUGCCUUCGUUUAAACUUUACAGAGGGUAAAAUCCGGAAGAGAUGGCAGUGCCCGAAGUAGAAGAGACGGAAGUGCCAGCAGUGGUAAGUGCCAUGCGUUGGUCUACUCUCUCCGAUUUUAUAAUAUAAACCUGUAGCCCUAUUUCACAGGGUGGCAAAUCUGUAGGGUUGAGAUUGCACUCAUUCCAGGAGUGAACACACUGCAUUGUAAUCAAUUGGACAUUUGUUAUCUGUGAACUAACCACACAUUUUGCUGUGUUCUUAUUAAAAUGUGUAUUUUCUACUUUGACACGAGCUGUCAGUCAUUCUCACGAUGUGAGAUCAUAUUAAAAUACUACAGAAAAGUCCGUAACAGCAGCUUCUAAAUGUUUUUGGAAAUGCUGGCUUUAGUCUAAAACGUUACAGCUUUGAGUUUUAACAUUUAUUUAAAAAUAUCCAGGGGUCUGGCAUGGGCCCCCUAGGUGAUAGAUUUGGGUUCUUUCCAGUAUUCCAGAAGCCUGAAUGUUGAGAGGAACCCAAGUAGCGCUAGGUUUUUGUUUAUGGAACAAUUUUAUAAUGGAAAACAGAAAUAGUGUGUGUGUCAUUUCUAUACAUGCAAGCUAUUUUAAAUGUUCACUAGUCUUCCUGUAAAAUACAUGUAAAUGGCAUCAUGAAAACAAUCUGGAUUUAUUUCUUUUUUUACGCUCUCUGUUAGAUGCUGUUUUGUACCUUAGGUGCCACGAGUGCCCCAUGUUAAUGCCAGCAUGAUGGGCUAAUUUGUUAUGAGACUUUACUGUCAAUUAUUUUAUUUACUGUAAUUACUUUUAGACCAAAGUAACGGUGCUGUCAAAACAAGUGUUUUGUAAAAGUCAACCAUUUUGGAGUACAAUUUGCAAUUGCUUUGCCAAUUCCCAAUUUUAGUGAAUAAAACAUGUUAAUAUGCAAAUCUCUGUGUAAAGUUGAUUCUUACUUUUUUUUUGGUCAGUAUAAAGGACCUAAACUCACCCCUUUAGUACACUGAAGGACUCUUGAUUUACAGCCAGGGCAAUUAAAAUAUCUUCUAAAAUGCAUAUAUAUUUUGUUUCACUAAACUGCGUCUGCUUAACGUUACAGCAAAGAGUCUUGUCAUGCACCACGUUGACUUGAUCGUGGUUACAACAGUUAAGCACGGUUUUUGCAACAUGUACAUGCGGUAAAAAAAAAAUCAUACGUCUCAAACAGACAAACAAAUAGCUACUAAGAAGGAAUUUUAAAUUCUGGUGAUGAACAAAUAGUGAAAAUAAAACUUGUUUGAUAAAACAUUUUACAUUGCAUAAAUAUCAGAUGCUUAAAAUAUAAUGGCCAUCUUUGAAAACAUGGCGCUUGAUAUUCUAAAUGUUGAAGGAACAUUCAGAGCUGUAAUGAAAGAGAUAUUCAUGUUCCAGCUUAAUUUUAUUUUAUUUAUUUUUUUAAUUUUAUUAUGUUAUGUCUUUCCACAUAUAAAGUAAUAGAAAUAUAUAUACACCCCCUUUCAAACAAUGUUUGCCUUAUAUAUACAUAAAAAUAAAAUGUAAAUAUGCAAAUACCCCGCAUAUACUGUUUGACACCUUGUAGAAGUUUAUAGAUGUUAGAUUCACUUAAAAAAACAUGUAUUUAACAAAAUUUAUUUUUAUAGAGAGAAUCACACAAUAUAUAUAAAAGAAAAAAAACAAUAUAACUUAUUACCAAAUAAACUGAUCAUUCUUGGAUCUCCAAUGUCACACUCAAUAAUGUUAACAACAAAAUAAAUAUGAACAACAUUUGUACACCCUCCACUCCACCCUUAGGUUCGCUUAGGAGAUGGCAGGGGAACCAACUUUGGAAUGUACAUAUUUAUUGUACAUGUAAUGAUGCUCGCCUUCAAGAUUUCUCGAGGGCUGCACCGUUCCUGUGGAACUCGCUUCCCUCCUCUGUUAGAUGCUCACCCAGUCUCCACUCCUUCAAAAAAAUCAUUAAAAGCCCACUUCUUCAUAAAAGCGUAUCAAUUAAACUGUUACUAGCUCCCGACUGAUUCCUCUCUUGCAACUGUCAUUAGUCUAAUACUAUCCUUACCUUUUUGUGUAAUUUUACCCCACUCCCUCUAGCAUGUAAGCUUAUUGAGCAGGGCCCUCAACCCCUCUGUUCCUGUGUGUCCAACUUGUCUGGUUACAACUACAUGUCUGUUCGUCCACCCAUUGUAAAGCGCUGCGGAAUUUGUUGGCGCUAUAUAAAUAACAUAAUAAUAAUGAUAGAAUAGGUCAUGAUUACUGGAGAAUAGGUGCUUGACCUUCUUAAAUUUGGUUGGAGAUACUAGUUGGUGUAUUCAAAGGUUUGUGAAUGUUCUCCUUCAUCUUAGAAUAGAGAGUUCAUGUAGGACAACCUGUUCUGGAAAAUGUUUUGUAUUUCUUUCAGUUUGGAUGGUAGUUUCCAACAAAGUCAUGCAGAAACAAUAGAAUUUGGUAUUCUAACAAUAGAAUUUGGUUAUGGAAGUGAUGGACUCCAGUCACGUAGGAAGGUGUCCUAGCCACUUGAUUUUUUGUUUAGUUUUUUUAGCAGAAAGGAAGCAAAUAACUUUCCAUGUAAUUAUCAAAGAUGAAUGUAGAAAAUAACGAUAUAAACAAAAUAAACCAACGUAUGCUAAAGCUCUAGAUGGUCGUGUCCCUUUAAGAGCAUUAAGUGAGACGGGGGCUGCUGUGAGUCAUGGAAUGACUAGAUCCCCGGCUGUUGUAUAACUAAAACCACAGUGAUGAUUUGCAGGCAUUAAUGCUGGCAAAGCAUUAUGGGAUAUACAGUAUUACAGUGACCGUGGAGGGGGCACCUUUUGACCAACCCUGCUCUAGAACUAUGAGCAGUAUUGAAUCUAUAUGUUCCAUUUUGAAUACAUGUUUAUUUCAGCUAGAUUGUCUCUUUAACUGAGAACAGGUGAGGGUUUGAGUGCCAGCGAAUCAAGAUUCUUGUGCCAUGGCACAGUAUGAAUCGUUCAGAUGAACUCUGCCAAAUCCAGAAUUAUUUGUAGGGAAAUUAUAUCAGUUACAGCUGUUCUUAAUACAUGGUGUAAAAGGCAGAGAAAGUUUCUAAUAAAUUGCUGACAUAAUCCACCCUUUCACUGCAUGUGAAAUUAAUUGGCUCCAUCAAUUGCUUGGGCUUGUUUUAACAGAGCGGAUGAAGAUCAUUGCGAAAUUGCAAGUGCAGGCUGUUAAACAUGUCACACAGCUCGACAAACUUGGAAUAAUGUAAUAGAGUAGAUUUGUUUCAGCUCUCACCACUUUGGCCCUAUGGUACCAGAAAGCUCAAACACAGGAUUGAGUGACACAUUGCAAAGCACUGAAUUGUUUAGCACAGCAAAUGGACCUUUAAAGGUUCGCACCAGUCUUCAGUCAGUCUUAAAAGAACAUUGUAACUUUAAAAAAUAAAUAAAUAGGGGGCAUGUCCUAGACUCCGGAGCGAGCGGUCGCAUGUAGCCGGAGCUCCGUGCGGCAACGGCCUAAACAAGCUGCAAAGUGGGUGACCCGACACCACACGACCCGAGACACGAUGUCCCAGCCUAAACAACGCCGGCAGACAGAGCGGGGGGAGAAAUCUAAUUUCUUUGGCGUUAAAGCGAGCCAGACACGAGGAUCUGGACCGCAUGGCGAAAAUCAAGAUGGCGGCGAGGAAGAGCUCACUCCCUCCCCAGAACAGGCGGCUGCCGACUUACCGGUCACGCAGGGGAUCCUGCAGGCGAUGCUGGACACUAUGGCAGGCAAGUUACAGCUCACGCUGCAAAAUGAAAUCCGCACCAUUAGUGCAGAUGUUAAAGAGCUGGGAGACAGGACGGCAGGGCUGGAGGACAAAAUGGUGGCAUAUGAGGAGGCCCAAAACUCCAUGGCAGAAAAACUAGACAGCCUUACAGAGAGAAUGGAGGCGCAGGAGGGGAAAACCGCUGACCUGGAAGACAGAGGCCGGAGAAACAACCUCCGCAUCAGAGGUAUAGCGGAAAAUAUAGGCCCGACAGAACUCACGGCCUACCUAGUGGGAUUGUUCAAAGCGCUCGCCCCUGAUGUGCCCCCUGACAUGUUCCUGAUGGAUCGGGCUCACAGAGUGCCAAAACCCACCUUCUUACCACCUGAAACCCCUAGAGACGUGCUGCUGAGAAUGCAUUACUUUCACAUAAAGGAAGAAGUAAUGAGGGCAAACAGAACCAGGAAAAAAACGGACAUGCCGGCGGCAUACCAAGCAAUAGCGAUUUAUGCCGAUAUAUCAGCAUACACACUUAGACGCAGGAAGGAAUUCGCGGGAAUCACGACGCAACUCCGCCAACAACAAAUACCAUACAGAUGGGGAUACCCGGUGAAGCUGAUCGUACAGAGAAAUGGACGACCAACUACGAUACAGAACCCAGACGAAGGAAUGAAAAUCCUCAGAACCUGGGGCAUAGAUACUCCGCCCGCGACGAAAGAGACUCAAAGACUCCCUCCAUCAUGGAGGAAAGCCAAACAUUAAGUCACCUAGUUGGGAAGAAGCUGUGACGCUGAACCUGAGAACUGUUGAUCCAGCCAUUUGAAUCCAGGCUUGUAUAACAUAUGUUUAGUUUAACUCUCUUAUGUUGUAAGGGCAAUGUAAAUGGGAGCAAAAGACAAAUGCACAUGCAAAGACAAGGGUCAGGAGGACUGGGAGAGUGGGUGCCAUAGGUAAUCUGGGGAACAGGGCUAGACGGGAGACUAAGACGUGGAUAUUGUGACAUAGAGUCCAACUCCGGGAAAGCCCAAACAGGGGAGCCCCCACCCGCCCUCUCACAGAACCCAGAAAGCUCCGACAUACAAACACAUAGAGAGGUAGGGAAAAGAAAGAGAAAACCACAAAAAAAAAAAAAAAAAAAAAUUUUUCCUUUUCUAUUGAACUAUGCCAACGUGCAAUCUCAGGAUACAGGCAGGUAGACAGCGACAACCCAUUCACGCAAACUUUCUUAUUAUGCUAAAAAAAAAAAAAAAAAAGAGGGUCACCCAGACAAAAAAGCAAAACACGCGAGCAAAAGCCGCGGCCGACGAACCGCAGCCAGGACAGAAACCAUUAGUUUCUACCCCCACCGCACCACCAACUGGUGCAUAGCCGAUAUUUCGGCGAAAAAGUUGAUUUGUUAUAACUUUCCUAUUACUGUUUCCUAUUUUGUUUUUAUGUUUGUACUCAUACUUGCACCUCACACACCCCUCCCACCUGCUACGUGCUCCGUAAGCCACCGUCCAAAUUUAGACAAGGCGGAGAUCAUGCCGCUCUCUUCCUCUGAGCCAAGAAUCAUGCGAAGCAGCCCUCAAGCUGCCUGGGGACAGCCCUUGAGUUCGGAGGAACUGGGACACAGGGACCCCCCGACAUAUAUAGAUCAAACACAAGCACAAAUAACAUUUUAUGACCACCUUCCACCCUGAAAAUCUACUCACACAAUGUUAGGGGACUGAACAUCCCGGUUAAGAGACACCUACUAUACCGAGAGAUCAAACAUAAAGCAGUAGACGUUCUAUGCCUUCAAGAGACACAUUUCAUGACCAAUGCACAUCCCACCGUCCUACGGAAAGACUAUCCCAUACAAAUCCAUGCCACAUCGGCAAGCAAAACCAAAGGCACCUCCAUACUAAUUAGCAAAAAUGUGGCCUACACUCCGCAUUCCCAACAUAUUGACCCGGACGGUAGAUAUGUCAUCAUAGUAGGCACGCUUAAUGACAUGCCCUACACCAUAGCGAACAUCUACGCCCCCAACACGAACCAGCGCAACUUUUUACACAAACUUAUUCAGAAACUGCAGUCAGUACAGAUAGGGACGACAGUCAUAUGCGGCGACUUCAAUCACGUUUUUGACCCCUCCAUGGACACGACAUUAGCUCCAGCUAGGAAACGCACCGCACCCCUCCGCAAACAAAGUAAGGCGCUCUGCAAGCUUAUACACAACAACCAUUUGUACGAUGUAUGGAGAGCCACUCAUGUAGGGGAAAGGGGGUAUACAUUCUUUUCGACAGUGCACAACACCUAUUCCCGCAUUGAUGGCUUCCUUAUCUCAGGGACAGGGAUAGACCAAACGGCCCAAUGCGAGAUAGGACAGAUCACAUGGUCCGACCAUGCCCCGGUGGAACUAACGUUAAAAAACCUAUAUGACCCGACCCAUAGAAGUCCGUGGCGACUAAACGCAACAUUACUGAAGGAUAGCGCCUUCUGCACGGAGCUGACCCAAAACUUAGCCCACUACUUCCAAGAUAAUGAUAGACCUGAAACGAGCCGCGGUACCCUGUGGCAGGCCCACAAAUCAGUGAUAAGGGGACAAAUGAUACAACGGGCAGCAUACCUAAAAAGAAAAUCCCAAAUUCAGCUCCACACAUACCAAACAGACCUCCAGCGCGCUACGACACAAAACCAAAUAACGCCAUCACGCGAACUGCAGGAUCAAAUCGCGAAACUCACAAGACAGAUACACCAAAUGUCAUUAGAACAAGUGGGAUAUCACUUGAAAAGGCUAAAGGCUCAAAACUACACACAGGGAAACAAGGCAGGUAAACUGUUAGCACAACGAUUAAAGUCACAACAAGCAGCCCAAAAAAUAGCAUACUUGCUGUCUCCAAGCGGACAGAAAAUAGUGGCUCCCAAGGACAUUAGCAACGCAUUUGCCAAAUACUACGAAGCAUUGUACAAUCUCAGGGACGACCCAAAUACACCCCAACCACAGGGGGCCAAAAUAGCCUCCUACUUAGACAAGAUCGCACUGCCCAAACUCACACCCGCUCAACAAGACAGCCUAGCCACAUUGAUAACAGAAACAGAGGUGGUGAGAGCAAUUGACUCUCUACCUUCUGAUAAAGCCCCAGGCCCAGACGGGUUUGCCAACUGUUACUACAAGCACUUCCAAAAAACCCUAGCCCCUCACCUUACUAACGCGUUUAAUGAAGCAGCCAAGAGGCACGCACUCCCGUCAGAAGCCCUCAAAGCCCAUAUCAUAACAUUGCCUAAACCGGGCAAACCACCAAUCCACCCACAAACUUUUCGACCAAUAUCGUUGCUAAACACUGACACAAAACUCUUCGCGAAAAUUUACGCCAUUAGGUUGGGCACAAUCCUUCCGCACCUGAUAAGGAAUGAUCAAGUCGGAUUUGUUAAAGGGAGACAAGGGGGGGACAACACGAGAAAGGUCAUCGACAUUAUACACAGCGUACACAGGCAACAAACAGAAUGUGUAACGCUUUCAUUGGACGCGGAGAAGGCCUUCGACCGCCUGAGCUGGAUGUUCCUGAGAGCAGUCCUGGAUAAGUUUGGGAUGCCGAGGGCAUUCUGCUCGGCGGUGGAGGCCUUAUACAGCAAACCAUCGGCUCAGGUGGUCACUGCGGGCUUCACAUCGGAACCCUUUAACAUCACCAACGGGACGAGGCAGGGAUGCCCACUCUCUCCCUUACUAUAUGUGUUGGCUUUAGAGCCGUUAGCAGAGACAAUACGGGCCAACAGCUCCAUACAUGGAGUAACAGUGGGCGAUAGGGAAUACAAAAUCAAUUUGUUUGCGGACGAUGUCAUGUUGACAUUAACACAACCCCAAAUUUCACUACCGAACCUUAUGAAGGACAUUAAAGAAUACGGCCUUAACUCCUAUUACAAAUUGAAUGUCACUAAAUCACAGGCUAUGGGAGUGGGAGUCCAAUCUCAUCGGCUGAAACACUUGAGUGGGCUUUUCUCCUUUGACUGGAGAAAAGAUUAUAUUACCUUCUUGGGCGUACAUAUACCCCCCCACCUACCCCAUUUGUUCAAGCUAAACUUUACCAAACUGAUCAAAUCAUUUACAGACACGUUACACACAUGGGAGGGCAAAUAUCUCUCGUGGCUGGGCAGAUUGGCGGCGAUUAAGAUGUCUAUACUUCCCAAACUCCAAUAUCUGCUGCGCACAGUCCCGAUUAGUCUGCCAGGUCUAUAUGUGAGCACAAUUCAAAAACUGUUCGUACGGUUUGUGUGGGCCAACCGCAAGGUGAGGGUAGCCAGCAAACUCUUACAAAAACCUGUUAAAGAAGGGGGAUUGGGCAUGCCCAACAUUCGUUCUUACCACAGAGCCACACUGCUGACUGCCAUAGCAGCGACAAACGUAGUAGAAGACCCCCCCCAGUGGGUACACAUAGAAGCACACUGGGCAUGCAAACAGGGGCUGCGACACUUAUACCAGCUGCCACACAGAUUACGACCGCCGUACACAACCAUGUUACCAACCACGGCAGCAAUGAUCAAGGCAUGGGACACAGUGAGGGCAUCACUGGGCAUGGUCGGACCAAACAUAAGGAACAUCCCACUCACGAGCAUAUCGGUGGGCAUACCGACGUUUGACCACGCUCCCUGGGUGAGAGGGGGUUGUACCCACCUUAGCCAGAUCUGCGUGAACAACGAGUUACUGCCAUUCCCGACACUGCAAACCAAGUUCUCCUUGCACUCCAGACACAUAUUCCCUUACCUCCAACUGAAAUCAUUUGUGGCCUCACACGGUAAAGAUUCGGGUACCGAACCGCCAAACAUUGGUGCCUUAGAACAAAUAUGCUUACAGGGCAGUAUACCCAAAAAAAUCCUAUCAAAACUUUAUGCGCUACUGAAUACAGUAGAUACAAACGGACACGGAGACUUUAGAGAAGCCUGGCAGAAGGACAUAGGGCGACCAAUAGCAGACCUAGACUGGAAACAGGCAUUCCAAACACACAAAGGACACACAUCAUGCGCGACCCACCUAGAAACAAUGAGGAAAAUUAUGUACAGAUGGUAUAUGGUCCCAGACAAACUAGCAAAAAUAUACCCGGGAAGCUCAGGGGAAUGCUGGAGGAGUUGCGGAGAAAGGGGAACAAUGUACCACAUUUGGUGGACGUGCCCGAUAAUCACUCCCUACUGGGAGAUGGUGGAGGGGAUAAUCACUGACGUAAUAGGCCGCCCAUACAGCUUGGGACCUGAACAGGGUAUACUAUUCAUGCAUCUUGCCCUCUGGCGCAAGCAGGAAAGACAAUUGAUAUUCCAGGUGCUUAUAGCGGCAGUAACCCUGAUAGCCAGACAGUGGAAACAACCACGAGCGCCCAGCAGACACGAUCUCCUAACACAAAUAUCCACAAACUGGGAAUAUGAAGCUAUGGCAAAUAAAUACAUUACAAAUAACCGCACGAUCAUAGACACAAAAAUCAAAUGAGCAAAUUACAUUCAGAAAAGUGCACACCACUCCGGGACUCAAGACGUAUGGGUACGCUAAGACACGAAGGCUUGAGUAGAGAACCAAAGCAAGAGAGACAGGGAACGUAGGUGACUUGACCCAGGAGGAGGUCCUAACGCAUAGAGUCGAUGAUACACUAGAGGUAGAGAGGCGGAACUAGCAACUAGGAACACAGGUCUAGGGAGAGGACAAAGAGGAGCACCGGUUCAAGAGAUCCAUACACGGAAUCUCUUCCCUUUCCUUUCCUUAAACCCAUCCCUUCACUUUACAGCACACCCUACCCCCACCCCCCCACUCCAUUUUUUGCGCUACAACUCAAUAUGUGUAAGUGUAUAUAGAUAACCGCUCUAGUGAGCAUCCCGCUAGUGGCUCAUGUACUCCCAGCCCAGACGCUACCACCAAGCAAUCACAGUACGCAAGAUCCUGUGGGGGUAAAACCCAGUCUCCCCUAAGGAGACCAGUACGCAGGGGCAGGGGGCCAGAACAACACGCAAGGGAUAAGAGAGAAUGACACAAUACACGUGCCGUAAAGCAAUUCACCCACGGAUCCAACCACAACAGUGGCGAUGUUACGACCAGUACUCCAUACCACACCUGCGACUCAGAGACAGGCAGCAAAUACAGAUUGGGAAAACAUGACCGUUUAAAGUGUAAUGGGUAAUAUUGUAUACGCUAGCAUUUGAAAUGUGGAACACGUGAUGUGAAAUGUGAAACAUAUACUGCACAUAUCCGAGACGAAAACGAUUUACGUGUAAACAACGUUGCCUACAUCCUUCCCCACCUUCCCUUCUUUAUUCUGUACCCCCUUAUACUGCCUUUUGAUAUAUGACAAAAUAAAAAUUGUCAAAUUGAAAAAAAAUAAAUAAAUAAAUAAAAAAUCCUGUGCUGGGCAAACUCGUCUCUAAAGCCACUCCAUUUUUUGUGAGAUCAACAGUCCUAAGGAUUUCGGUUCAAUCUCAUUCUUGUUAUUGCAAAGCAUUGAGGACAUAUGGAGCACGUGUGGCAAUCGCCAUCAAUCCAAUGGUUCACUGAGAAGAAUUAGUGGAGUAGGACCUCAUCGUGCUGCACGUGAUAAUAUCGAACAUGAAAGCCUUGAUGAAUCAAAGUACUUUAGAUGAUAAUGCCACUAGUGGCUCGCUGUCUGAUGGCUCUUAGAGCAAUGUUUUCAAUGCAGUAUGUAAACACUACUGUCUUAAAUUGUGAGAGAAAAGGGGGAGUGUCUGUGCACCACGACCACUAUACUAAGAUGUGUUCGUUUUGGUCCUUCGAUAGUCACGGUAAUUUUUUUUGAUGGUGUCUAACACUUAGUAGCAAAAGAUAACAACAGAAAAAGGGCCACAAUUAUCCUAAAUAUUCGUCUCAUAUCUAUUGGAAGAUAAUUGUAUUUUGUCUGUUAAGGCGUUAGCUGUAGCUAUAAGUAAUAUAAUCUCUAUCAAACUGUGCGCUGCAUGGGAGAGGCUUGCAGGGUCAGAGGCAUGGAUGUGGGGCUCUUUAGUCCUGGAUCACCUAGAGAACCCCCUAAAAUAUGACCCACAUAUAUAUAUAUAUAUAUAUAUAUAUAUAUAUAUAUAUAUAUAUAUAUAUAUAUAUAUAAUACACACACAGACAGAGUAUUAUGCCAAUCAUACCGAAAUGGAAGCCUUCUCAGAUUAUUUUAACAGUUUGUAUAGUACAUUCCUUUAAGUGCUGUGGAGUUGAAGUGAAUUGCUUUAGUUUUUACAAAUGUACAGAACAUGAACUGCAAUAUGCAAAGUAUAUACACCAACAUUGAAAGGGUUAAUGGAAUAUUGCACUCUGUAUGCUUACAUCAAAUAAUCAAUGGGUCUUGGAGUAGGCUUAUUUCAAACAGGAGUUAUAUUUGGAACCCAGCAAUGCCUCUGAUUAUUGCUAAAAACAAAAAGUAUGACGUUAGCUGGCACUGUGCAUAUGAAGCAUUUGCUUUCUAUAUACAGAAGGAUUGGAAGCUUGUAUUGUCUGCUCAGGGCAGGGCUCAGAAUUUCAAGUCUUUUCCUCACAGGUCUCAAAGUCAUAGCAAGCCUGGAGGGUCUAUAGCACAUUUACAUUGGGGGAAUCCCAACUGCCAGGGUUAUAUGUUUACUCACCAGUGGGCGAGUGGAAAUUUCGAGCCCUGAUUUGUAAAUAAAUGGAAUAUUUAUCCAGAGAUUGAUAGUGACCUCAGUUUUGUUUGCUUUUCAAGACAGUGGUCAGAGCAGUGUAACAAGUGCUAAAGGAGAGCGCCUGAGUGCCAAGCUAAGAGCUCUGCCCACAUCAAGUGACCCAUACGAGCCCAGCAGCCAGAAAGAAAUUGGUAAGUGACAGAAUCGAAUCUACCGCUACAUUAUGACAAAGUAAAAUCAUAGUCCCUACUUUAGGAUACUAGAAACGCUAAGAUCAGACUAGACACAUUUCCAGAUUUAACAACAGUACAAACUAAAUAAUGUAUGCUAAAAGUUACCUAGCCAUGUACAUAAUGCCCUUCUUAUUUCAAUAAAUGGUCUUAUCGCAGUCUGAUACCCACUCCUUGUUUGGUUCCAAAUUGGUAGCCAGCAUUCAAUCUUCAGAUUACAAAAUUCAAGCUACAAUAACCAGGCUAUGACUACUGCUGACUUGGAGAAUUUUUUCAGAUCAGCUGGUUUUGUAUAAAUUUUGGCUUGACUUCAAAAGCAUUAAAACCAGUGCCUGAAUCCAUCUUUGAAUAUUUACUAUAAUAGAGUUGCAUUCAUUGGCUAAGAGUGGUCAUCUCACACUCUCAGCCAAUGAAUGGCCAUUAGGAUCGGCUUCUGCAGACAGGAUGCACAAUGAUAGAGGAAGGACUUUUGUGAUCCAGGUUAGAGAGCAACCACCAUUAUCGGGAAAUGGGACCAGGGUACUCCUAGCAUCAUAACCACCACAGUCGGCUUGGCAAAACACUUUAAAAAUGUGUGAAAUAGGGGGCGUGGCAAGCCAAGCAACAGAGCAGACGUACACCCGCGGAGCUGUGGGCCAGAUUGGAGAAAAUAGGCAUUUAUCUAUACGUUGGAGCUCCCACAGGUAGAACGCUUUAUCGCCGCCUGACAGAGACUACUAAAGGGUGUAAACACAAAAUAUUUCCCCCACCAGAGACCCCGAGAUUGCCUGACUACAUUUUACAAAAUGUAGGCCAAAAUAUCUGAGAGAGAAGAAAAUAUUUACCUUGUGUUUGUCCACGUUUUGGAUGACUAUUGUCAACGCACCACAACAUGCUACAUAGUGAAUGGACUCUGUGUGCCAAUGCCAUUUUCUGAAUCCUGUAGUACUUCUAUUUUCUCAUAAUCCAUUUUGUUUUCUGUUUCAGAUGCUUCGUAUGUAGAUCCUCUAGGCCCCCAGAUGGAAAGACCAAAAACAGCUGCCAGGAAAAGAGCAGACGACGAGGAUUUUGCCGAUGAAGAGUUAGGGGAUGAUUUGCUCCCUGAGUGA